AUGAGACUGUGUUUCGGCCAGUGGUGCGUUCCGUGGCCCGGUCGAAAAAAACCGACGACGAUUACCGGAGUAGUGCCGACCACCGUGACGACGUCGACGACGACGAUCGCGACGUCGCCGCCGUCAGAAAACGUCUACGGCCGCGACGACGACGAUAACCUCAGUAUAUCGUCCGCGAUUGACGUGUUGUCUGUCGACGCGCAAGAAUCGAUGACGCGAGAACUGCAGUCCGACGUACCGUCCGCAGGUAAAAAAAAAAAAUAAAAUAAGAAUUAUAAUAAAAACCCGCCGCCGCCUGUACAAAAUUAUAAUAUUGUUCUAUUUGUCAAUCGAAUUGUCGUCGUUAUUAUAGUCGCAGAAAUUUAGUUCCCAACGAAUUUCUAAGGGGUGUGUGGCGGUGGGUCGGUGAGGGGAGGAGAAUGGUCGAAGCCAAAAAACAAAAAAACAAAAAAAAACACCUAGAAAAGUAUUUACUACGGUCGAGAACGGUAGCGCGCGGCCCCCCCCCUCAUGAUGCCCCCACCCGUUUUACGUAUCGUUCGCGGUUUCGGGAACGAUUUAUUCCCAUUUGUUGCUUUUCGUCGUGUUUACACGCCGGCGCGCAACAAUAACAUUAUAUUAAUAUUAUCAUGUCCCGUCGUCGAUAUUUUUUUUUCUCGUUACAAUCGCCACCGUGAUAAUAAUACUGUAUAGGUGUAAAUAUUCUAUUUUUACAGGUACGCGCCGGGGGCCCGUAUCGGCCGCGAUAGCGCACAUACUCCGCGGCGGCCGCGUGACGGACGCGAGUACCGCGCGCGCGCACACCUCGCGCCGUACAAUUGCGUCGCGGCGGCCCGCGUUCGCGUUUCGCGGUCUCAGCCGUGUUUUUGUGACCGAGAAACCGGUGCGCCGUGCACCUACCACUACCGGCACCGCCACUACCGCCACUAUCGUCGGUGUUACGAUUAGAAAAAACACACGAUUGUUAUUAUUAUUUUUUUUAUUUUUUUUUCUUCUUUACGCUCUCGGCUCCUCCUCCCCUCCUCACCGCCUGACGUUUCCUCGGCCGGGCCGCCGUGAAAAAUUAUGCAAGCGUCCGAGUGUGUCCGAAACGAAACAAUAUCAAAUAAUCGUAUUAUCGGGUAGGUAGGUGUUUGCGACAUUACCGACUCUAUGGUAAUUUCUGUAAAAGUAGCUCUUAUUUUAUUUUGUAUACGUAUUGUAGCGACGGACGACGGGUAAAAAUUAUUAAUUCGUGGUCACCGCGAUUUUUUAUUAUUAUUAUUGUUAUAUUGUAUUAUAUUUUAUUUUAUUAUUAUUAUUGUUGUUGUUGUUGGCCGUGUCACUUAUUAUUGUCGUCGGUCUCUCAAUUGGCGGAUUUCCUGAAUAAUAUAGUAUAACAUAAUAAUAGUAAUAACGUCACCGUGUUGUUAUACGAUACGAUAAUAAAAUUAUUGUAAACUGUAUAACUGGACUGUAGUUUGUCAGUAGGUACGCUGUGGCUAUUAGAAUUUUGUGAACUCGGUAUGGGAACCGGUUCAAAAUGCAUCAUUUUAUUUUACGCGCUUGACGUACGAUUAUAAAAAAAAAAAAGUAAGAAGAAGGCCGAUGGUGCUGAUGGGUUUUAGAAGGGAAGUGGGAAGAUAUGAUAUUAUCUAGAGUAAUUUACUUUAAGUAUGUACCCAACGAUAAACCGAUGUUAAUGAAAAAACGAUUCUAAGCAGUGAAUCAAUAAUUUUUAGUCUUAAUAUUCCCUCUUGUUGACAAUGCAACUCAGAAUUUAACAAAAAUUAUAGGUGUAAUAAUUUUUCCCAUUCGUUUAGAAAUCUACUAGGAAAAUCAAAAAAUAACCUCCCGAUUUACCAAUUGGCUACCAAUCUAGUUGGCUAGAUCAAUAAUUCUUCAAGAAAGUUCUUGAAAAGUUUUUGAUUGGAGCAAGAUUUCUGGUAAAAAAAUUUGUUUACAAACACGAAACAAAAACGCAUCAUAGUAAAAUCAAUACAAUACUCUUUCUCUCUCUCUGAGGGAAUAAAGAAAAAAAAAAUCGAAAAUGUCAUUAAAAAAUUCAAACAGUCUAAAUUAUUAUUAUUAUUAUUUUAUUUAUUAUAUUUUCUUAUGAGGAUAGGCUGUAUCAAAAUUUCAUUAUCGGUCUAACGGGUAAAAUUAUGGCAAUAAUGGAAAAUAAAUCCUGAUGUCGUUUAGGUUGAAAUAAUAGAGUUACUCGUAAAACAUAAAUCACACAAAUUUUAACUGAAUAUUAUUUUUUAAGGUUAGGUUAGGUACAUUGUUGUUUUUUUAAAUGUACCGUAUUGCCAUUCGAAAUAUUCUUCUCAUUAAAGAUUUUUUAUUGUAUCUGUAUAACUUUUUUUCUAAAGUUAUCGACUAUAGGUUUAUAUUUUGUCUCGUAUUUUCUGAACUUGACAAAUAGGUAUAUGAGUUUCGUAAUAAAUAUCAAGGUACAGAAUGUUGAGAUAAUAUAUUAUCAUAUUAACAUAAAAUAGAACUAUGGCAUACUAUUAUUGCCUAUAUUAUGUCUCAUUAAAAAUCGUUGUAAACAUUGCAAUAAUAUUAUUAUUCGGACAUUUUUAGAACAAGUCCGAGAUGCUAUAUUUCUCUAUACAUGUAAUACAUUGUUCAAUGUAUUAGUUUUACUAUGAUGUGUGAUCAUUUUAUUUUUUUGCCUUUUUUCUACCAGAAAUUGUGCUCCCAUCAAAAAAAGAUAAGAAACCUAUCUUGUUGCAUUUUUCAUUUAGUUGACGUAAUGAAGAUGUCAUUUUUUUGAUUUUUCAAAUAAUAAUUGAGUAAAACAGGGAAAAAACGUAUAAAUUAAAUAGAUAAAUAUUUACGCGUUAAUAUUACCUUACACAUUUUAAAUAUUUUCGAUUUUCGUGAGUAAAUAUUAUGAGUAGCAUCUUUUCAGAAAUAAAAAGUUGUUUACUUUGUGUGUAAGAAAUUGGUUUUUUUUUCGUGUUUUUUUGGGGGAAAAAAAACGUUUUUUGUAAGCGUUUUAAGAUUAAAUUUUGACGACAAUCGUAAAAACUACUGCAUUUAUUCAGUAAUAAUUUAUCGUUGCGUUAUAAAUCAUAUAACUUUGUCGCAUACUUUUUACCAACUUCCCACCUUAAACAGUGGCACACCCGUCAAUAGAAUAGGCUCUUAAAAUUCGUAUUUGCAGUGUGUAACUAACUAGUGUAAGGUAUAAAAUGUUUUCUUCAAUAGAUUCAUAAUACAAAUGAAAUAAAAUAUUAUCUGUUAAUGUCCUUGCAGUGUUGUAAUAUCCUGUAUGCAGUAUGAUAAUAUCUCGUUUUUCGAAAACCAUAAUAUCAUCGUAAUCGGUACCAGAUGACUAUUUCAUAUUUUAAUAGGGUGGACAAAAAUAAUAUAAUAAUAAAUAAUAAUAUAAUAACAUCUGUUUUGCUUGACGCACCGGCACUGUGGAGGACAAAACAAAUUCUUUUUUUUUUUCCUUUUAAUCUUAUUUGAGUGUUUUUUUUUCUUCUGAUUUAUAUUACAACAGAAAUGUAAUAAUAGUUCAUAUGGUAAAAAAAUAAUUUAAAUAGGUUCCUAUAAUAUAGAAACACACGAUUAGAAUUUUACUUAAAUACAAUAUUAUACCCGAGAUUAUACCUAUUUAUAUAGUUUAUCAUUUUUCUUUUUUUUACUGAAUUAUUAUACGAAUACCUAAACGUAUCGUAUAUUAUAUGCCGUUGAAAUUAAAAAAAAAUUGCGUGCGUAACGCAAUAAUCUAAAAAUAUUUAAUUUUACAUUAUUAAGUUAUUUGUGUUCACAAAUCUUAUAUUUAGGUAUCGGUGUAACUUAUAAUAAACGUUAUACUCUAAAUUAUAUAGAGUAUUUUUUUUUACUUUUUAGUGUUAUUUCUCACUACGAGUAGGAAAUUAAAUUGUAUGAUUUUCUGAAAUAAAAUCAGAAAUAAAUUUCACACCUACAUCGGCUACAACUGUUAGUGCCACAAGGAAACACGAAUUUUCGAAUUUACUAUAUAUUACCCGACUAAUAGCCAACGACUAUAAUAAUAGUUAUGAUAUAAAUUAUAUGGGUUAUUUGGCCGCUGAACAAAUUUAAUGUCACGUACAAUUUUGGCAUUGUGUAUACAGGGUCUUCUAAAUUUUGUUUUACUUUAAAUUUUUCAUGAAAUACCUAUUUUUUCAAUUGCUUAUACAUGAUCAUUCAAGAUUUCUAGUUUCUGUGAUUGACAGUCUUAUGAAUUUUAAUUUUCAUUGUUUAUAAUGAACACCGCUAGUACAUUAAAAUUGUUCUAAAUUCUAAAUUAAUAUGAAUAUAAGGAAAUUGCAUUGUAAUAAUCAUAGCUUUAAACAAGAGAUAAUUCAAAAAAAGAAAAGAAACAAAGGGAAAAAAUAGGAUAUGAUCAAAAUAAUUGUUUUGUACGCAAUUAAGAUUUAGAAAAUUUGUUUUGUCUGAUCAUGCGUAUCAUUUAUUACUACACACGUUUAUUUAUUUACAAACAAAUUUUUUGAAAUUUAACAAUUAUUCAAAAACAAAUAAAUAAUGACAUUAAUCUAUUUUCACCGGCAAUUACGAGUGAUAAUCACAUAAACUAACAAUCUUAAGUGAUCGUGUAUUGGCCUUUUACUCUUAUUAUCGCUUUUACCCCUCAUUCUAAAAACAAAAUUCUCUAUGAGAUCUUCGAUUUCAGUUUACGCAUGUUUGAUUGUGUUGUAUUUUAGAUUCUAGGUGUAGGUAAUGAAGACGCUAUUGGUUUUACUAAAGUUUAUUUUUUCUUGACAAAUAAAAAUGCUUCAAAUUAUUCACAUUGUACGAUAACAGAUGCGGAUAACUCGGUAGUUCUUUAUCUGAAACAAUUUUUUAGAUUCUCUACAGUUUUACUUGGAAGUUCUAAAAAACCCUGAUUAAAAAUGACGACACAUUGAUAUUGUUAUUGUUGAUAUCUGGGUUACCUUGUUUGAGAUAACUUAAUAUUAAUGUAAUUAAUGCUGAAACUGCUUUUACUAUUAUUUUUCAUUUUUCUAUUUUCUAUCAUUUUUAGAUUCGGAGCUUAGCAAUCAUUACAAUGAUAUUCAUUUUUUUUUUCCUAUAUUCUGUAAACAAAUUUUUUAACAGAAAUUAUGUUCCGGUAUUAUUAAGUACAGCAUCUUUUCUGGAAGGUAAUUUUAUCUAGUUGGUACUUUAAGAAGAACAUUGAUUUUUCAAUCGGUUUUCAUAAUAAUUGGGAAAACUUAUUAACUUAACUGAUUUAACGUUAUAUUAAAAACAUUACAUUGUAUAUAAUACCUUUCCAAUUUCUUAAUUACAACAGUGACCUAUUCAUUCUAAAGCGAAGUAUAUCCGACUUUUUUUUUUUGAUGAAAUCAUUGUAUUUGAAAAACGAUUUCAGAAAUGCUCGUUUGAUAUCUGUUAUAAAGAUAAAGUAUUUUAUGAAUAGUAUUGUGUUGGUCUAAAAAAGAAGAAAAUCCCUCCUCCCCUCCAAUUAACUUAUCCACUCCAUAUAAUAUAAUAUGGUACUUUAGUAACCAUGUUAUCGGCACUUGUUUUCAGUACUUUAUAAUACAUUAGUUCACGAUGAUAAGCGGUUAUUUUAAUGAAUAUAUUGUUACAUAUUUAUUAUCUGUAAUUAUUACUACUUACUUGUUAAAUUUGAACUCAUAAACAACAAUUUAUAUCGAGAGUUAUCUUUUCAUUGUGAAGUCAGUUUAUAUAGGUAGUCAAAACCUGAGAGUUGUCUCUUUUUUUAAGUAGGUAUAAAACAAUCGAUUUUUUUUUUUCUAUAAUAGUAAACGAUUAAAUUAUUAGAUAUAUGAGUAAAUAAUAAUCUUUAAAUGGUAUUCAAAUAAAAUUACUGCAAUCUAAAAAGUUAUAUUAUGUUAUUUUCCAUUAUUUUUACUUUUUAAUAAUACAAUAUUGUACCUAAUAUCUGGCAAUAUUUCAUAUUAUUAUUCGUGCAUUUAAAUACAUAUAUUUAGAUUAUUUAUGAUUUAUACAAAAUAAAUAAUAGGUGUAUUUUCAUUAAACAGUCUGCUGCAUUGUUUUCUGUUGAUUUUACUUGGUUACAAUAUAGUCAUAAUGUUUUAUUUACUAUACAGUAUUUAAUCAAUGGACAAUCAGUAACCGAAGACAGUAAAUGUAGUUUUUAAUUGUUUGCUGAUUUCGACAACCUGGUUGUCGAAAAAUGCGUUCAUUUAUUAAACAAUUGGAGUAAAAAUAUCGCCAAAACAAUUUGUUUGUUAAACUAGUUACCAGGUUUUUCAAAAUCACACUGCCAAAUCACACCUAUUAAUAUACAUAAUAUCCUAUCUGAAGUAAUAAUCGUGUUAAUUAUAUCUGCUAUCUCGUGAUACGUAAAACAACUAUUUAAAUAAUAAAUAAAUGUAUAUUAAUGACUAACCAAAGGUGUGUUAUUAGUUAUUACUAUUAUUUAUGUAAGCGUACCUAGGUUUAUAAUUAAAUUAAUUUAUUUGAUUAUAGCCGUAUCGUUUGUAAAUAAAUUAGUCGCGGUUAAAAGUGAAUAAUUAUUGAACAUAUGAGUACUUAGAGCAGAGUACAACUGUAUCGGUAAACAAUAUAAUGUAAUUAAAUUUGAAUUAAAAUGUAGCUAUAAAAUGUUUUAAAAAAAAAAAAAAUUUGUUUAAAAAUGUAAUGUAUUUCUUAUGGAUUAAUCAUUAGUUCGGUUUAUUCAAAAUAGUACCUAUACAAAAUGAUCUGUUUUAAAAUAUUUGUGAACAAAAAUUAAUAUAGUAUAGGCUACCGUAUUGUAUUAAUAUAUUAUCUUAGUAAUAAUUUUUUGGAUAGUUUCGUUGUUUAAAACAUUUCUUUUGUUUAACAUAUAUAUAUAUAUAUAUAUGUAUAAUAUUAUACACGUUUUCUAUAAAAUUAAAAAUGUUUUGUGUUAUCGUAGUUUUACCUAUUAUAAUAAGAGCUUAUAAAAAAUUGUAAAAACACGUCUUUACAUUGUUCCGCUUAAAAUAAAUGAUCAUUUUUUUGUUUUUAUUAUUUUUCGUAGGUAUUACCGAAGAAUAAAUAAUUAAAAUUAAAAUAAGGCGGACAUCCUUGGAACGCUCGAGUAAACCAUUGCAUUUACAUUAAUUUCGGGGAACACGCUAGUAUAUUUCAUUAUUAAAAUAAUUUGUUACCCUAUAUUAUAAUACUAGAGUAUUGUAUUUUAUUCCAAAAAGACAAUAAUCCCCACGCAAUUAGGUUUCUGUACACUCGUGAAUUACAAGUCUUAAAAUCCAAUAAUGUUAAUUUAUGUUUUGCAAAAAUUAAUAAACACUGAUGUAAAGAAAUCGCUUGCGAUUGAAAGUGUAUUUUCCAAAUAUAAAUAUAUGAUGUAAACCGAAUACAGAUGUAAUCGGAAUUGAUUAGCAAACUGUAAUUAGAAAUUUAAAUUUAAUUGUUAAGUGAAAUAGAAUGAACACUUAAAUUAUAACAUCAAAUAUGAAUAUCCGUUUGGAUAUUAAAUAUGAAUAUUCAAAUAUACGUACCAGCUAUAAUUAUAUGGUUCACCUACUACCCCACUUCAAAACAAAAAAAAAUAUUUCCUAGUGUACCGGGAGCAUUAUUUAUACUUUUAUUAUACAUACUUAUAUUUUAUACUUAACAUUUUUUAAAUAUCGUUCAUUCUUUGAGUGUGGGGUUUUUUGUCCGUAAUAUUUGUUUUUUACCUACUUCUCGAUAAGUCCUUAAAUACAAUACUUAUUAUUUUUAAUAAAGUUUUUCAAAUUAAUUUUUUAAUUAAUAAUUAUUCUUUUAUAGAUGUUAUUAUUGUUAAUUAAAAUCGAAACUGGUAGAAUUUCGACCAAAAGUAUGUGGUGUAUACCUAAGUGAAUUACGUAAUUUUUAUUCGGUUGAUACUAUGUGGAUAAAAUUGUUUGACCAAACAUUAAUUAUUGAAAAUUUAACAAGAGAUUCAUUAUAAGUUUUACUUAGUGGUCAACAAGAAAGAAUUGAGUUUAGUAUAGUUUUAUUUUUUUUUUAUAAGAACUUUAAUAUCGAAUUUUGACGAAUAUUGUAUAUAUUAGGGCCUUUUAAAACAUAUAUAACCGAACUCCGCUCAGGAUUGUUUUUCGUGAGCAAUGAUUAAUCGUUGCUUACAAAAAUCCAUUAAAUUAUCCUCUAUAUUCUAUAUUCUAACUUAUAUUCUAACGUUAAAAUUUUACUUUUCACAGCCAAAUAUAAAAUUAAUUUAUUUUCAACAAUAUUGAUGAAUCAAUAGUAUAAAGUUACUUAUUCCAAAAAGUUAUCCAUCCAAGUCCAUCGAAAAAUUGUAAAAAACAUUAAUAUAAAUAAAUAAUAAUAUCGAGCAAAUAUAAUAUAGAAUAAAAUUAAUAAUAUGUACCUAAGUGUAGGUAUAAUAAUUUGGAAAUAUGCCAAUAUGCAAUACAAAAUUAUCAUAAAAGGUUGUACAAUUUAUUACUACGUAUUAUACAAGUAGCUAAGAUGCCCUUGAAACUUCAUUUUAAAUAGAUGAUAAUAUAAGUAAUAAUAAGUAUUUAGUAUAUAGGUAAUAACACUAAAACAAGACUGACAUAUUAUAAUAAUAAUAUGAAUAAUUGAAUACUCAAUAGGAACAAUAACAAUUAUUCUAUUUUCUUCUGUUAUUUCGGAAUAUAAUGUUAUUAAUUAUUAUAAUAUUGUAUAUAUUAUACCUGAAUAAGUAAGUUUUUUCUUUAAGAAGACGUGGUUUCCGCUUUAGAUACUAAUUGACUCUGGCUAUCCUUACAAAUACAUAACGACAUAGCAAAUUUGCGUUCAGCUAGACCGAUUUUAUGCUGCUAGUUUUUAUAUUUGAGUGAAUAGGUCUGUUAUAAAACUUCGGUAAGAAUAUUUUAUUCUGUAUCUGUACGACGGAUUUUCUUCUAGAUUUAAAUAUUUUUAAGCGAAAUAUGAUUUUGUGAAUGACUGGUAGUAUGUGAAAUGUGAAUAUCAUAAUUUAAAAGUGCUCAUGUAUCUCAUUUGCAAAUUAAAAUAUCGGAAAAACCAGAAUAUGUUAUUUUAAGUACCACCUGGAAAAAAAAUCCGCAUUCUUUAAAGCACGAAAACAUCAAAGCAUUUUUGCAAUCUUAAUUUAUAAAUGAGGAAUACUCUAGUGUUACUGACGUACAAAAAGAGCUAAUACAUUGUAGGUGCUUAGUAGGUACAUCGUCGCUUUGUUCUUCGUCCAGGAUACUGCUCAAGGGUAGGUCAUUGUUUUAGACAUGAAGUUGGGAAGGUAGGAGGGUAGUAAAUUUGAUUCAUAUAAGUACAUAACAAUAAAUCAUUACCAACGAAAUACGAUUUUAAAUGAAGUUCGGUUUUUUAUGUUUUUAUAAAUUUAAAUUGAAAAUUGUACUAAACAAUUUUUUGAAAAAAACAUGACUUGAAUGUAUUUUUAAGUUAUAUUUAUGUAACUAUUUAGUUCCGGUAUAUUAUCAUAAUCAGGUUACUUAUAAGUUAUAACAUUAUUUUUGAUUAAUUACAUAUUAACAAAAUGUAAGCAUAAAUUUAAAUUAAAAAUAUUUAUUUUUAAAUACAAUGUUCAUUAAGAUUGUUCGUGUUUUUUCGUCUCAGUUUGUUGAACAAUUUUGUAGAGCUAUAAAAGUUUAUACGUGUAAAUCGAAAAAUAGUAUGUGAAAUUGUGUGACUUUUAUGAUUUACAUUAAACGUUAAACCAGGGAUCGGAACCUUUUGAUUUUAUCGUUUUCGUUUCAGUUCCAGUUCUUCAGCAAAAAUUAAACCGGUUCUGAUAAACAAUAUACAUAGGUUUCGGUUCUUUAAAAAAAAUCUAUACCGUUUCUCUUUUGGUUUCGAUUCUUUUAAAUACAUAUCGGUUCUGGUUCUUUCAAAAAAAAUUAUCUUUCAAAAUAUAGCAUUGCUGGGGGUUAAACUUCUUAUGUUUUAUAAAGCCAAUCCUAAGAACUAAUGACUUACAUCAUUGAUUAAAUUUGAUCAAUGCUUACAUAAUACAUUAUAUACUAGAUUAAAUAACAAGGAAUGCCUCAUAAGUAUUCAUUAGGUAUAGUACUAUAUAUAUCUACAUAUUUAUUAAAAUUUGUAAUUCCAUCGUGUUCGACGGAUUUUUCUAGCAUUGUUUAUAUUCAAUUUUUUUUUUUAAAUCAGUUUGUCUUUGAGGGUGCCAUCGAUUUAAAGAUAAAUUCAAUUUUCAUUUUCAUCCCCUCAACAUAAAAAAAAAAUAACUAUAUAUUCACUUUAGACAAUUUUCAAAAUAGCCAUUUUGUAAAAAACAUUUUACAAAUUUGAAUGUGUCAUUGUCAUAUAUACAGAGUGGUGCCGAUAAAGAAAUUGAAACUGAAAUAACGAAAUUUUUGCUGUUGUCAUUGUUAUAUUUACGUAUAAUUAUUUAAAUUUAGAUUCUGGUUCUCAAUUUCUAAAAUAUAAAAAUUCCUGUUCGGUUCCAGUUUUUUACUUUUAGUGGUCCCGAUUCCAGAACCGGUUCCUUUAGUUUCGGUUUCAGUUAAACACUAAAAAAAAAAAAAAAAAAAAAACAAUUAAAUUUUUUGUAGUGUUAUAAUUGAUAAACCUUGUAUUUAAUUUUUGAGAAACCGAAAAAAUUUUGUCCACAUAAAAACAAAUACUAUUUAAAACGAAAUUUCAAAUGGUUGUAUAAAGAAGUUGAAAAUUAGUAGAAUUUUUUUGAAAAUUAUGUCACAUCUGGAAAACCAAGAUAAUUUAUGAGUAUUCGAUUAAAAUUGUCUAUAAUAUAGACAAUAGAUAUAGACUAGAUAUAGACUCUAUAUCUAUACUGUGUGUAAAUUACAACAAAAUAAAAAUCUAAAAUAACAGGCAUCUCUAAAUAUUCCCGUUUUUCCCUGUUUUCCAAAUGUGUAAAAAACUAAUGUCAAAAUUAACCAGCACAAAUUAUAAAAAUUUCCUACAAAAAACCAUAUCUGAUAUUGAUAAUCGGAGCAAGAUUUUUAGUAGCUAAGUUGUUUGUAGACAGAAUAAAAAACGCACACAUACAAUAUACAAAAUAGUAAAAUCAAUACAUAUUCCUUGUCACGCUCAGAAUCUUGAACCCACUGAAAUUGUAAAGUGAUUACAUUUUUUAUCAAAUUCCCAGAACACUUGUUACUAUUUUGUUUUUUGCGAAUGGAGCAGAACUCAUCGCAGUCGCUCAUUUGUAUAAUUUCAAAAUAUUAAAGUUAUACGUGCAGUAAAAUAUUUUAUAUUUAUCUACAACGAUAUAUAUCAAUUAAUUUAAUCAGGUACGGUAAUGAUAAUUUAUACCAUAUGUACAUUACAAAAAUCUCAUCUUUGGACCAAUUAUAAUUUUUAUAUUAAUAAUAAUAAUAAUUAUAUGUUUAAUAACAUAACUAAAAUUAACGUUGAUUAUCAGUAUCGCCGUAUUGGUGGUAUCGACCGUUCGAAAAAUACGAAAAACCGAUUGUAUAGUAAUAAUAGUACAAUAGUAUUGGUUAUCAAUAUUACCUGAUAGAAUAUUAUUAUAGCCUACUGGGCACGAUCAAAAUAAUAGGCUAGGCUAAACAUACAUUGUGGACAGACAUGGGCUAUAAGAGACGCCGAAAUUAUUAGAUUCGUAAUAAUAUUCUAUUUUGGCUGCCCGAAUACGAAUUCGGUAUGUUCGGUGCGGGGAAAUAUAAUUUUAUCUGCUAUCUGUGAAUCGGUCAAUAAUAAUGACCGGUAUAAUAUCGCUAUUUUAUUUGCUGAUCCCCCGUUUUCAUUUCUUUGCAAUCGAAUAACGAUUAAAGAAGGUUAUAAUAAUUAUUAGGAUUCGGGACUUAUUGCAUUUAAAAUUCACCAAAAAACAUUCAAAAACGUCAAAAAAGCUUUGAAAAAAAGCGCUUCAAGUAAAUAUUAUUAGACCAAAUGGUUGAACUGGUUGAAGAGUUUAAAAGAGGUCCCCCGUCUAACGACUUUAUUAAAUAAAAUUUUCUAACACGAUACAAAAAGUUAUUUUGUUUAAAUACAAUUUUACGUAUUAUAAAAAAAAUUAAUUUGAUUUAAUAAUUUGUGUAGCGUUAGAAAAUUGUAUUUAAUAAAUUAAAGCGGUUAGAGAGAGGAAAUUUUAGCCCUCCUAUCGUUUUUCAGAGUUUUUAACGUUUUUAAACGGAUUUUUGUGGAUUUUAAGCGUAAUAAGUUCCGAGCCCUAGUUAUUAUCGUCGCCGAGAGGCCAAAACUGACAGAACGAUUUCAACAAACGAUAGGUGCCUGUGAAUUCAUCAACAUUUUGCGGGCGUUAUAAGAAUUGUUUUUUAGAUUCUGAAUGGAGCAAGGAAUGUAUUGGUUUUAAAAUGAUGAUUUUUUCCUGUGUAUAGCUUUUCAACCAGCAAUUUUACUCCGAUUUACAAUAAUAUAAUUUUUUCUAAAAGAAAAUACUUUAGGGAUGUAUUUUUUUGAUUGUCCCGGGAGUUUUCCCAAUAAAUAGGAAAAAUAUGGGAAAACCGGGAACAAACAUAGGAAAAAUGGGAAAAUAGGUACAAUAUAUACAAUAAUAUUAUUAUUAAAAAAAUAAUGCAUAUGUAAUUAUUUUACCAUAAUAUGACUUAUGUAUUGUUGACAAAGCAACACUAUCAACCGAACUUCGCUCAGAAUCGUAUUUACGUUAGCAAUGGUUAAUCGUUGCGUACAGAUAUACAUUAAAUUUCCAUCUAUAUUUUCCUAUCUUCCCCUACUUCUAUCUACAAUAGUGGCUGCACCCGUCCCCAUUAUCCUAGGACAGCUUUUUUUCUCAAUAUCAGGUAAUAAAAUAUCGACAAAAUUAUUUCGAAUCGCCGAAUUUAAUAUUAAUAUUAUUCGUUGUUUGACGAUAAUAAUGUAUAUAUUAAAAAAAAAAAAAAAAUCGCAGCAUUUUCCAUAAUAAUAAUAUUAAUAUAAUAUUUAUAGCCUCAACGCGUUAGUUUUCAACAUUAUUAUCUCGUAUCCAUCGUUUAUAUAGAUUCCCAGAACUGAGAUUAGUUUAUAAUAAUUAUUGCGUAUGAUGGCAUUAUCGUUCAUUAUACCCAUGAUUAUUAUCAUUAAAGCAGACCGUUUAAAUUAAUUUUAUUUUUCUUAUUCUAAUUGAGUGGUUCGAAAUCGGUGAUUUUUUGUCCGUCACAAGGGCGACAUAGACUUUUUUUAUGAAAAAAAAAAAUUAGAAUAGUAUGAUUUUAUCGUCUAGUUUACUCGAGUAGAAAAUCAAUAUAUAUUCAGUUUUAGAAUGUCAAAAGAACUGUGCUCUAGGGCGCUAAACGUGUAAAUACAUUUUCGCGUUUAAUAGCGCAUUAUAAUAAUUGUACAAUAUUCAGUCGAUUAUGCGAAUGGAAUGAUGAUAAUAUUAUCAAUAUUGUGAUUAUUAACUUUCGCGAAGAAUAUUUUGCCAACGUGGCGUUUUGAUCGAAAAACCAAAACGUAAAUUAUUAUUUGUGUAUGUUUAAAUAAUAUAUUUCUAUAAAUAUAUAAAUUCUGUCGGUUUUAUUCGUCGUUUUUGGACGAUUAUCAACGGAAAGAAGAGACAAUUUUAUUAUUUGUUGAGUGAUGCAACUAUAAUAUACGUUGCGGUCGUUUUAAAAUUAGUUUUACAUAACUGCCGUCCUUGUUACCAAAACCGGUGUUUUUAUAUUUUUAAUUCCAGAACUAAACUGGUUUUUGCUGGACACACAAACAACACUAUAAUAUAGUAUCUCUUUAUUUUUGAUAUUUUUACGUAUUUUUAUAUUUUUUCUUCACUACCAAUUCAUACCGAUACUAUAUAAAUACAAUACUGAUAUUUUUUUCCUUUUUACAUUUUUUCAAGAAUAGAAUUUUAAGGGUUGCAAGCUCAUAAAAUGUGUAAUGUUUUGAUGUUAUUAUAUUAUCCAACAGAAUUACAACAAAAGGACGAACAUAUUUCGCACGAAUGGUGGGCAAAGUGGCGUAAUUGAGGAGAGGCAUUUGCCCCCUUGAAAUUUUUGUGGUGGGGCAAAGUAUCAUUUUGCUCCCCCAGAUAUUACAAUAGUACAAAUCUUUGAAUCUUCUUAAAUUAAGUAAGAAAGAAUGCAAUAUAUUCACCAAUUAUAAAAUAUGUGUACAUAAUAUUUAUACUACUUAUAGCACCUUUUUAUUAAUGGACUCUUAUGUUGGUAUUUAAUAUUAUUUAACAACCAGCAGUACCUUCUACCUACAAUUUUUUUCUUACAAUAAAAACAGUAAAAUAAAUGUUAAGAUUUGUGUAAAUCAAACAAUAAAGAAUAUCAUGUACAAUACUUACAAUAAACUGGGAGGGUGACUCAGGAUUUUAAUUACGAUGGAUAAAUUAUUUUGCCCUCCCUCUAGAUUUUUAUCUAGUUACGUCACUGGGUUUUGCUACUGUUGUAGGUUAAGAGAUAUGAUAAAUACAACGCAACAAUAAAUUAUUGUUAACGAAAAACGAUUCGGAGCAGAGUUUUUUUUUUAAACAUGUACGUAAAUUUUCCCGUUUUUUCUAAUUCUUAUGAAAACCACUUGGAAAAUCAAAAAAUGACCUUUCUAUAAAGUACCAUCUAGAUAAAUGUUAUUUUAGCAAAAGUACUUAUUCAUCAAAGCAAGAUUUCUGAUAGAAAAGUUCAUAGUGUAUAAAAAAAUAAUAAACAUCAUUGUAAAACCAAUACAUUCCUUGCUAGUCUCCGAAUCUAAAAAAGACCUUAUAUUGCCGAUGGGUGAGUCAACCACUGUUGUAUGUAGGAAGUUGUGAAGGUAGGAUUAUAUAAAGGCUAACAUAAAGUUAUUUAAUUUAUAUUUGUUUUCAACGUUAAUUCAUUGUCAAUGAAAAAUUGUGAACGAAGUUAAACAUAUUUUUAAAUGACCUGUUUUUUUUUAACAAAAUGUGAACUUAAAAUACUUAAAAAAAUAUACAUAAACUAAAUACAUUACGCUUAAUUUUUUUUUAACUACCAAAAAAUAACAUAUGAUGAACCUCGUGUAAAAUGUUCAAGCAUUUUUGAUCGGCCAACCAAUUUUGCUCCUUAAGAUCAGAUCAAAUAAAACAAAAUAAUUUUUAAUUUCAAAUGGCUAUAAUAAUAGCUAUACAAUCGCUAGAAUGUUUUGACAAUUUUAGAACGUUAAAAAAGAAAAAUGUAAAUGAUGUUCAGGUCUUAUUUGAAUUACAUAAAAAAAAAAAAAAAAAAAAAAAAAAAUCUAAAAUAAUGAAACUUUUUUGCUGUAAACAUUCCUGGCUUUUCUAUAUUAUGUAUCUUGUUUUUUCCUAAUUAUUAUAACAACUGCAAGAAAAAUCAUAAUAUGACAUUCUCAAUAUACCAACAAGAUUUUGAAAACCGGUUAAAAAAACUACAAUGAAACAAGAAAACAAUCAACACAUUAACUAAAUCUAGAAUGCUACAAAAAGCUCUUUUAUACAUUUUUGAUAGAACUAAGAUUUAUAGUAAACAAGUUGUUAAAAAUCAGGAAGGAGAAAUGUUUAAGUCGUUUUUUUCAAUAUAACGUGAUGCAUUGUUAUUGUAUGCUGCACUGUAGAGUGUAUACACUGUAAAAACUGUUUUUUUUUUUUUUUUAAUAAAUUGUUAACUUUGUAUUUUAAUGAUGAUAAUUUAUCAACCUAACAAUUGGAGUAAAAUCCAUAUUUGUUUAAAAAUCACAGUUUGUCAACCUCGAAAGUGUCAUAAUAUUAUAAAUAUAGGUACACGAUGAAUCAUACGCGAGUAUUUAACCGAUUAUAACAAUUUAUUAUAUUACCUAUUAUUAUGAUAAUAAUACAUAAAAUCAUCGUAUUAUUAAAUUUGUUGUAAUUGUCAAUUUAUACAGUGCGAUGUUAAAAUCAAACGUUAAAAUAAUGUCGUCGUCUGUAUAGUAUAAUAGUCAUAAGCUAUUAAAUAAAUUAAAACGUCCAUGAGCAGCAGAGCUCAGUUUCUAUAGAGCCGAAUUUUCCCCCACUGUAUUUUGUAUUACAGUAAUGUUCUUUGUAAAACAAUAAAACAAACAAAAUGAAUAGCCGAAUAUUACCAUAAUAAUACAAUACUAACAUUAAUGGUGAAAUAUGAGUAUAAAAAUGGUUGGAGUAGAGAUAGACAAUUGAAGGAAGACCCAUAGUCGAUUAUAAAGUCAUGGAUAUACAUUUCAUCUCCUGUUUACAUAGAGAAGGGAUGAUAUUAAAUUCUAAAAAGUGUAUAAUUUUAACAGACAUUUGUUGGCUAAGAAAAUAUACUAUAAUAAUAAUAUAUUCUCUAUUUCCAGGGAAAAUUCUACUAAACAAUAAAAACAUUUUUUAAUGAAUUCACUGCAUUUGUUAUUCAUAUCUAAAAUUGUAAAAAAAUUAUUUUCACAUUAAAAACCACAUUAUUUAAUCGUUUAAAAAAAAAAAAAAUUGUAGGAAUAAAUGCGAUUAUUUUUAAAUCUACAUUUGUGUACAUAGGUGUGCGCAGUUAAGUACUGAUAUUUUCCAAACAAUAUUUCGUGUUGAACAAUUUGAAAUUUUGUUUAAUUUUAAAAUUGUAUUCGAGUGAAUAGAAUAUUUCUAUUCUCAAUCGUUUGUUAAGGAUUAUAUGACAUAUUUACCUAUAUUAUAUGUACUAUAUGAAGAUAUUUAUUCUAAAAAUAAAUUAUUUAUACUUAAAGUUAUAAGUACCUACAAAAAUUAGUUCACAUAGAUUAUGACCUAAACAAUAUUAUUGAAAUAUUUACUAUUACUACUUUUUUUUUUUUAAUUAUCUGUUAGAUCUGAAUGACUUAAGAGGUUAAUAUUACUUUUAUUACUUAACAUCUAGAUCUACUAUCCUGUAGAGAUGUACCGAUAACUUUUGUUUUGGUGCCGGGGGUCAAUGGCAGGAGGGAGGAAGUUUUUUUCACAAAAUUGUGUAUAAUAUGUAAAAAUAAAACAAGGCAAUCGGGUAUCAGACCCCAAAUUUCUUUGCCUUUAGAAAUAUUCUCCUCUUAAAAUAUUUCCAUACGUGUUUAAACUCUAAUUUCAUCAUUUUAUGUUUUAUAUGUAACGUAAUUAUUAUGUCAAUUAGUUAGACUGAUACAGUAAAUGCGGGUGUGGCGACCACUUAAGAUUUAUUUUAAAUCAAUAUAUUUUAUUAUAUUUUUACUUUCUGAUUUUUUUAUACGUACUAAGUUUAUAUAUUGCAUUUGAAUGUGCAAAAAAAAAAAAAAAAAAUCUGGAUCAAAUUAUAUUGGUUUUUUUGCCGAAUAUAAUUGGCGAUCGCUGUUGGAGCCAGAUAUUUUGAAAAAUUAUAAUUUUUAAUUAGAAAUAAAAACUGAUAAGCAUUACAAAAUAUAUUUAGGUUCUCGAUGAUUUCAUUUCGACAAUGCAUCAAUUAGUACUCGUGUGUACGUGCCGCGUGUAUAGGACUAUGACGUGAAAUUUAUUGAAAGUUCACAUUAUUUUGUAUUGCCAAUUAUACAUUAGUUGCCCAAUAAUUUAUUGUUUUUAAAAUUAAUGAACACGUGAGAUUUUCAUUACAACAUAUACAAAAUAAUAUUGUGUUUUCAAUAAAUUUUAUUAUCAUGUUUAAAUGACGAAUAGAUUUAUAUAUUCACUUGUAUAGAUUUUAUAGCUAUCUUUCGUUAAUGAGUUCUCAUUGGAUACAAACGUUUUUCAUUUUUCAGAUAUGGCGGCUUCGGUGGACGCUCAAGACUUGAAAACGUUACUGGAAACCAAGGAUACGUUAAUCCAUAACUUGGAAACGUUACUGCAGGCCAGGAACAAUGAAAUUCAAGAACUUCGGUCCCAUUUGGACAUGUUUCAGAGCGUGUUUCCAUUUAGUAAUCCGGUAUCGCCCACCGCCACUUUAUCGAUGCACCACCACGUACCGCCUGCUAUAGUUCCGUUUCAACCGCCGACCCCGCCUCCACCGAGUCAAAAUCUUGUGGCCAAAUCACUCACCUCGCUUCUGGACGGUAUCGCCAGGCCUCGUAAACAAAGAGCACAAGGUAUAUCCGCUGAGCCCCAGAGUUUAAGUACCAUACAGGAGCUGAGCCAGAAAAAAUUCCCCACGUACCCUAAAAACGACAAGUAAGUAAUAGUAAUAAUAUUUUUAAGUAUUAAGUAAUCAUAAUAUAGGCACCUAUAGUAAUGAUUAAGCUGUUGUUUAUUGAAACAAUUAAUUUACGUAUCUAUUUAACAAAUUUUCCGCAUUAAUGUAUACAUAUAUGUGGUUGUUAAUUCUAUUCCAUACAAAUAUGCCAAAAAGGUUAAUGAUAUGAAAAUCCAUAUUUUUGUAAUUGUAUUUUACGUUAAAAGUAUCAAGGUACUCCAAACAAAUUUAGAACAAUGUGGUGACAAGUUUGUAAUGAGUUGCGUGCUUCAAAAUACGUUUUUAUCUAAGUAUAAAUUUCUAAAUUUUGUAUUAUAUUUUCAAAGGUUAAAAUUUAUUUAAAUAACGUAUCAAAUGCAUUCGAUUUUUCUAAAAUUUGCUGCCCCCUCUCUAAAAAAAAGGUCUAUAAACUGCAGUAAUAUUAUAAGUUAUUCGAAGACCGCAAUGAAUCAUUUCCGAAAUAGAAAAAUUUACUUUUUCCUCAAAUGUACUUACAAAUUAUUUAUGUGAACACUAGCGGUUUCUUUUAAUAAAAAUGUAUUUGUUACCAACAAUUUCGACUAUUAUUAGGAAAUUAUAACAAUUAUUGUAAUAAAAUAAGAAAAUAAUAUUGUUUAGUACUCAUUCUCAUUUCCCAACAUUCUUAUUUGACCUGUAGGUUUUAAAACAGAUACCAGAUCAAAUAAUUUUUUGUGGAAUCAUCAGGGUUUCAAUAUCAAUGCCUAAUAAAUUACCAAAAUGAUAACAAGUAAGUACUAUAGGCAACGUUAUAAUAUCCACAUUAAUAAGUGUUAUAAUUUCCUAAAUUAUUGUAUUAUAAAUUCAACAAGUACCUGCUUAGAAUUAUUAUAAUGAUAUGAUAGCCUUCUUCCAUAUUAUGAUCUGUCAAAAACCGAUAAUAUACAUUCUUGAAGUUGCCCAAGUGUAACAGUUUUUUUUUAUUUUUUAAUAUCUACAUAGAACAUAUUAUAUGUGUAUUAAUUUGUAUUUCGUUAAAAAUAAUAUUUGUAAAUCGAAUGCAAUUUUGAUCUGUUGGUCGAAUGACUCUAAAACAUUAAGGAUAUUGUGAACGAUUCAUCAUUAUAUAACUGCAGUAUAUUAUUAUGUAUAAUGUUGACUAAUUAGCUGUAAUUUAAAUUUCGUUGACCACUGUAGUAUAAUUAAUUGGUGCAUGUGCAAGGUUAUACGGAAUAAUUUCGCCUUGUACGGAUAUUAAUUCCAACCUACAUAUUAUACAUAUAUACAACAUUUAACUAGUCCAAAUUACAUAACAAUAAUAAUAAAUGUAAAUUGUUGACGCUUACUUUAUUUUGUCUAUUGUCAAUUGAUAAUUAUCAUUAUAGUAAAUGCACAUAAUAUAAUAUAAUACAUAUAAUUAUAUGCGAAAAUAGUUGAAUAAAAAUUAUUUAAAACGGCUAAUUAUGUGAAAUUGAUAACUUUGUAUUCGACAUAAAUAAAAAAAAACUAAUAUACCUACGGGUUUGUGUGCAGUUUGUAACAAAUAUUUGCAUGCAUAAUAUUUAAAAAAAAUAAAACAAUUAUCAGUCAUGCUUUUGGUACUAUAUACUUAUUAUCUAUAUAUAUUGUAUAUAUAUUGUAUUUAAGAUUCUGAGCGAAUAAAAUUUAGGAAUGUGUUUUGUUUUUACUUUGAUUGGGCAAGGACUCAGUGCCGGAAUUAAGAAUUUUUACAUUCGGGGUUAAAAAUACCUAUACGCCCUGUGCGGUAUUACCCUCUUCCCCUUCAGACCCAAAUUCAAAUAAAAUGCAAGUUCAUAUCCGUAUGGCUCAGGUUAGGUUUCAGGUCAGGAGAUGUGAAAACUCGGUGGUUUGAACGCCGGGUAUUCGAUCGAUGAUUUAUUCUGCACGUAAACUCUAGCAAUCAUCUUUAACAUCUAUCCGGCAAGUUGUCAUUCUGUUCAGUCUCCUUAUAUAUCCAUAGACUAUAGAUUAUUCUAUUUUGUGCCGUUAUUUUUAAUAUUAUGUUGGCCUAUUAUCAACCUUAAAGGUGAGAACAUUGUAUGUGUUUUUACGUUAGUUUUUUUAGAUGUUUUAAUUUUUAAACGAGAUAGGAUGAUUUUAAAAUUGUAAUAUUUUACAUAAUAUUCGUAACUCGUUUGAAAAUUAAAAUAUUGAGAAAAAAACUAACGUACAAAUACCGACAAUGUUAUUAUCUUUAGGUUUAACAAUAGACAAAUACACCAUAAAACUAACAGAACACAAUCGGUUUUCAUAUACAAAAAAUUAUAAAUACAGUGAAUUCCGCUUAAUGUGAUCACUAAUUUUAUAGAGUCAUUCGUUUAUUGGAAUCAAAAGUGAAAAUCCCAAACCAAAUCUUAUACUCGUAUUAUUAAUGUUAAAUUAACCUUUUAUUAGAAUCACCAAGUACCGAAUAGUUAAAUCACUUUUAUGAACAUUCUUAUUAUUUUAUGGUAUUGUAUAUUUUAAUUAUAGUUCAAUAUAUUUAUAUUGUAUUUUUUUAUUGUAUGUUCCAAAAGUUACAGGUAAAAUGUACGUACAUUAUUAUGUAUUUAAUUUUAAUUGUAGGUGUAUUAAUUGAAUAUGGAUUUUAAUUCCAAGCUAAUAUAAAAAUGAAAUAAUUAGAUUCUCAAGUACAAUCGAAAAUAGAUAGCUUCUUUAUUUUAUUUUAAGUUUACGUAUAAAUAUAGAAUCUUUAAAAAAAAAAAUGUUUUAUGGAAUCAAUCGGUUAAUAGAAUCAAAAUGACCUGAACUAAUGUGAUCACAUUAAGCGGAACUCACUUUAUAACAACAUUUCACAACGUUUACCGUAACAUAAUAUAUACGUAUAUACGUCCUACUAGAACGUUUAUAGAUUUUAAAGUUUUAUUCGGUUGAUAAAAAUAAUGCCGUUGUGUAUUGUUAUAUAUUGUAUUUCUAUACUUAUUUGUUUAUUUAUUUUUAUAAUCAUGUAUUGAGUAGCCAUUUGUCUACCUACUGAUUAGAGAUGGGCUCAUGUGACAGAGAACGGGUAACUACUGGAUUUGAGUGUUUAUUCUUACUGUUCAUGUUAUUGUUCUCGUUGCUUCUUUCUGCAGUUGAACUUCGAUUAUUAUAAUUUAAAAUUAUUAAAAUUAUUCGUUAUAUUCGAACUACUAAUUAUUAUAUAACAAUUCAUACAAAUACUGAAUCUAAAUGUACCUAUAUAAUUUUUUAAUUUUCAUAACUCUGAACUAUACGCAGUAAUGUGACUAUAACAAUAUAAUAUUAUGUAUAGAUUUUGUUUGUUUUAACUUUAAGAUAAUAUUACCUAGUACAUGUAGAUAGGUAUUUAAUAUAUAAUAUGAAUAAUCACUGAUUAUAUAAUAUCAUUAUAUAUUACCAUAUAUUACAAUGAGAGUUAUAAUGGCUUUGAACUGAAUGGCCUGAAUAUUAAAACAAACAAAAAGAAGACGAACAUAUUUCGCAAUAUGGGUGGGCCACUGUUGUAGGUGUAAAGUUAGAAUAUAGAAUAUAGAGGAGAAUUUAAUGGAUUUUUGUAAGCAACGAUUAAUCAUUGCUCACGAAAAACAAUCCUGAGCGGAGUUCAGUUAUACAUGUUUUAAAAGGCCCUAAUAUAUACAAUAUUCGUCAAAAUUCGAUAUUAAAGUUCUUAUAAAAAAAAAAAAAAACUAUAUUAAACUCAACUUUUUCUUGUUGACCACUAAGUAAAACUUAUAAUGAAUCUCCAGUUAAAUUUUCAAUAAUUAAUGUUUGGUCAAACAAUUUUAUCCACAUGGUAUCAACCGAAUAAAAAUUACGUAAUUCACUUAGGUAUAUACCACAUACUUUUGGUCGAAAUUUUACCAGUUUCGAUUUUGAUUAACAAUAAUAACAUCUAUAAAAGAAUAAUUAUUAAUUAAAAAAUUAAUUUGAAAAACUUUAUUAAAAAUAAUAAGUAUUGUAUUUAAGAAUUAAUCGAGAAGUAGGCAAAACACAAAUAUUACGGACAAAAAACCCAGACUCAAAGUAGCCAUACUCGAUGAAUGAACGACAUUUAAAAAAUGUUUAAGUGUAAAAUAUAAGUAUGUAUAAUAAAAAUAUAAAUAAUUCUCCCGGUACACUAAAAAAUUUGGGAUAGUAGAUGAACUACAUAAUUAUAGCUGGUAGCUAUAGUUGAAUAUUCAUAUUUAAUAUCUAAACGGAUAUUCGUAUUUGAUGUAAUAAUUAAAGUGUUAAUUCUAUUUAUAAAAUUUGAUAUUAAAAUUCUUAUAAAAAAAAAAAAAAUACUACAUUAAACUCAACUUUUUCUUGUUGCCCACUAAGUACAAGUUUUAAUAAAUCUCCUGUUAAAUUUUCAAUAAUUUCUGUUUGGUCUAACAAUUGUAUCCACAGAAUACCUACCGAAAAAAAAUUACGUAAAAAACUCGCAAAAUUAAAAUGUCUAUUAAUAGCUCAAAAUUGACUCAAAUGUUUUACACAUUUUACUACGUCUAUAAAAGGCAAAUAUAAGUUUUCUGCUUACACUUCAUGUCUCUGUGAACAUUUGUAUUGGAAUUAAAACAAAAAAGCUGGGUAACCUCGCACGUGGCUGCAACCACUGUUAUAGGAGAAAAGUUGGGAAGAUAGUUUAGAGAAAAUUUAUGUAUAUCUAUAAGCAACGAUAAAUUAUUGCUAUCGAAAAAACGAUUUUGAGCGGAAUUCAGUUUAUAGUGUUUCUUCAUAAACAAUAUAUAUGUCAUAUUAUAAUAAAAUAAUUACAUAGGCAUUAUUAUGUUUGUUAUUUAAUAAAUUUGUUUAAUAUUAUACCUAGUUUCCCGUUUUUCCUACGAUUUUCCAAUGUUUUUUCUUGUUUUUUUCCAUUUAUCGGGAAAAUUCCUGGGAAAAUCGAAAAAUGACCUCUUUAAACUGGGGAGGUUCCAGUCAAAUUUCCCUUUAGAAAAAGUGCUAAAUGUAGUAAUACAUCAAUGUUAAAAAAAAAAUUUAAAUAAAAUACGGAUUCGUGUAUAAAAUUGGUCAUUGUUAUAAUUUGAAAAGUUUUAAAUUAUAUUUUAUAUUUAAAUGAUUAUAAUUAUAUGUCUAACCUGGCUAUUCUAUACAAGUUUAUGCGGGUUACAUAGUUGGUAUAAAUGUACUUUUGCUCGUUAUAGCAGCUGUGAACCAAUAUUUAUUUAUUUAUAUUAUUUCAAUAGUACUAAGUAUACAAAUUUAUUGUUUCUUUUUGCGUGUGUUUGGGUAUAUUUAAUACGAAUAUUAUUGGUGUACGUAUUCUAAACUGCAUUAAAUUACGUCAAAACGAAUAAAAAGAAAUAUACUAAAAUAGUUUACUAAACAAAAUGUUUAUUGAUAUGUAUGUUGCUAAUGUUAAACAUUGGAUAGUGAAAACUAAAAUCGCAGAUUCGCGUAUAGUUCCAUUAUAAAAUCAGUUAGAAAAAUUUUGAAUUUCGGUUAAAUACAUUGUAUAUGUAUACAAUAUAUGAAUUAUAAUUUUUAACUAUCAAGUGAUGUUGUUUAUGAUGGGUAAUUGUCUUUCAUAAUCCUCUUUUUAAAACAUUUAAGUCACCUGACAGUUUUAUAGUUGAAAUAAAUAAGUUGCAUGCAAUAUUUUCAAUAAUAGUAUUAUAUUAUUGGCCAUACUACUAUAAAUGAAUGGUGUUUGACAUUUGUGUAUUUGUGCACAUUUAGAAUAUUUUAUCAUUAUAUACGAUAAAUCUGUCUCAUCGCCAUCACACUUAUUAAAGCGCAUUGGAAUAAAAUGUGUAGUAUAAAGUAGGUAACACGCGGUUAAUCAGUAGGGUACUCGCAGAUAUCGUAUUUAUUAUUAUUCGUGACAUUAUUCGAAAAUUACUAUACCUAUUCACUAUUUGUUUUUUACGAGCACUUAAAAAUGAUUAGGAAAAAAAAACUAUCCGAUAAAUACUAUACACCUAGUAGUGUGUACUUUUAGUACGAAAUAAACCUGAACAUCGCACGGAAUUGUUUUUUUUUUAUUAUAAUAUUAUGCAACAAUGACUUAUCAUUUUUUAAAUUUUUUUUUGCCGGUUAUGUACUUUUUAUUUGAGUUUUUACUUUUAGACCGAAUAUAAGUAUACAACUCAGUUAACAGAAUAAUAUAAUAUAGGUACCUACGUGUAUACGCGGUAGGAGGAAUAAUAAUAAUGCUCGUGGUUAAACAACUGUUAUCAGUAAAAUACGACCUCUUAUCUACCCUAUGCCAUAAAUAAUAAUAAUACUAAACGAAAGUCGUUCAUGCCGUCGUAAAUAAUAUAGUAGAUAUUAUAUUAUUAUUAUUUUUUUUUUUUUAAAUAGGUAUGCGUCAACGACAAAUUGAUAUUUAUAGAACGCGAGUUGAACGUUAUUAUGAUUUAUGAACUAUGAUUUCUUUUUUUUUUUAUUUGACUAUUCUUGAUGCUAAUAAUAAUAAUAAUAAUAAUAAUAGUAAUAUGUAUUCUCUAUAUUAUUAAUUUAUACCGCAUAUCGAUUAAAUAUUUGAUCAGUCAAACGAAUUUUUUUUUUUAAAUUUUGAGAGACGCGAGUAGUUAUAAUAAUAUGUGUUUUUUUCUAUCGGUGAACCGCUUGUCCAACAGAAAUCAUCGACUUCAGGGACCUGUUUAAUAAAAUGACAAUUCUUAGAAUUUCUACCAUAAUAGUCUGAAACUUAUAAAUUUUAUUUACCUGGUGAAAUUGCAUUUUUUAAAAUAAAAAGUAAGACAAGAGACUUAUCAUUAUAAGUAACGAGUAAAAAAAAACAUAUUUCUCUAGGUAACAAAUUUUGUAUAGUUGCAGGUGCAUUAAGGCGAUAAUUUUUUUGAUUUUUAGUGAGUUUUCUUAAUAAUUGUGAAAACCGGAAAUAUUUACGUUAUAAUGGUUUUAGUUGUGUUUGUUUGUUUUUUUUUUUUUUUUUUUUUUUUAGAAACUCGAAACUCAGAAUACCAUAAUGUUAUCACGUUCUAAAUAUUGUGAAAUUUUCAAAUUGUUUUGGCAUUUGUAGAAUUAUUAUAGCUAUUUGAAAUUUUUGGAGUUGGUCUUAUAUGUAUUGUGUACAUAUUUUAUUUGUAAUUUUUUUAUUAUCAGCGUUUUAAGUUCAAAUUUAUGAUUAAAUUCGUUAAACAAAAUGAACGAUUUAAAUUUAUUCUAUAUAUAAUUACAAAUUAUUAAGUAUCGUAAUUUUCAAUUUUAAUUAAACAAACAAUUUAUUGUUAAACGAACUUCGCUCAGAGUUGUUUUUUGUUUACGAUGUAUCAAAUUUUUUUUCGUUUUGAUCAUUUUAAUUAUAUAUCGCUGCACGCAGUUUAUUAUAUAGCCUAAAUUAUUACCCUGUAUUAAGCCAUUUUCCAGUGCCAUGUUAAAUAACAUUGACUCGCUAGGGCAAUCAUCAUAUUUAGUGCCUAAAUUCGAUAUCUGUCUAAAAUUUGGCAUCUCAUCAAGGGUGCCAUUUAAGUGGGUAAAACACGAUUGCGUACGUUCGUUAUCGGUGAUACCUUUUUAAGUUAUACAAUUGCGUACAUUUUUACCUAGAAGAUUGCGUACUAAAUAUUAAGCGUUGUUUCCAAUUUUCAUACCAGUAUAUACCACACAACUACACGAGUGAACCAGAAAUAAUUUAUAAAUACUUUCAACUUUGCAUAUUUUCAUAACCAUUAAGCUUUGUUACCUACGUUUAUCGUUAAUAAUAUCAGAUUCAGGCAUCUUAAAAAUAUAUUAGAUAAAACGAAAUUUUGUUAAUUCCGAUAUAAAUAUUUUCUGGCUUUCAGUUCGUCGUCCAUCGUCACAUGCGACGUUUAGAAAUAUGGAAAAUACAAUUAAACUUAUAGAAUCUGAAAAAGAAAUUAGUUCUUUCACGUGUUGUCAUUGGAAUAUUAAAAGAAAAAAAAUACAGACAAGAUCGAUUAUACAAUCGGUUAAUUAAUAAGAGAAUAAAAAAAAUAUCAAAAAAAAGACUUAGAUAAAAUUAAACAUAAUAUUAUAAACGCUUAUGAUGAGUGCAAAACCCAUAAAAAUCUUAUCCAGUGUUUAAAAGUAGUAAAUUAUAGAUGUCAAGAAGUUUAAAUUUAGGUAUUUUAAAAUAAUUAAUUAACUAUUAUUUAAUUAUUUUCAUUACCUAUAUUUUAUUAUUUUAUAUUAAUUAUUAUAGAACUGUACCGAAUAUUUAUUUAUUAGGUAUAUGGUGAAAUUAAUAAAUUUGACAACGUUGUAUACAAUUUCAUACGCAAUCGUGUUUAUUUUUUUUCUUUAAGGUUUUAAGGUUUUAACCUAACUACAACGUAUGUAAUCGUGUUCUACCUAAACAAGUUGCCUCCUUGUCUUACCCCCAUGCAUAGUCCUGCUACCUUCUCAAUUUUUUAAGAGUCUUAAUAUUACAAAAAUACUUCAUAGUAUGUACUUUGUGUGUACCUACUACAAUAUUAUCGAAAUAGAAAAAUAACUAUAAAUUGUUUAUUUUAGUCACGUUUUAACAAUAUAUUGCAUGUGUCUAUUGUAUUAGUACUAAUAAUAAUACUAAUAAUUUAUUAGUUUAUUUUUUAAAAAAAACACCUCACGUUUCUUCAAUCGAACCUCGGCGCACUAGAAUAAUUCAUUCAUACCCAGGUAACUUAUUAGUAGUUAUUAGUCAAUCAGUUGUACAACAACAAUGUUUAUCCUAUCGUAUCAAUUCAUCAAUAAAAUAUUUAGAUGUUAUAUAAAAUGAUUAAACACAGUAGCGUAAUUUGUUUUUAUUUGGAGGGGAUAGCAACUCAGGAAUUUGAACCAGUCAGCAAUUUAAGUCGGUAUUAUCUGGAUUGAUCUCCAGCUUUUUAUGGAUGCAGUGGAAAUUGUUUAAAAAAUCGGAAAAUGUUUUAUAUACUCAUUGGUAACGGGACAGUUUGAUCCGGUAGGGAUGAUUUGAUUAAUUUUAGAGACUUUUUGAUCCGUUUAGAAAAUUUAAUCUUAUUUUCAAACGAAUCAAAAUGCUCCGCUGGAUCAAAUUGUCCCUGUUGACUGGUUUGAAUUGCACGGUUAAAAUAUGAUUUCUGAUUGGCCGAUGUAAAAUAGCGUGUUGAAAUAUCACAGAAUAUCUUUUCUGUGGUAAUACUGUAGUUGUAGUAAAAUCCCCGGAGAUAAUUUGAUCCGGUUAGAAUUUUUUUUUUAUACACAUUUCAUCAAAAUGUUUCCGAAGAUAAUUUGAUUUAUUUUUAUCAAAGUUAUUGGUAGAAAAGAUGUUUCAGACACAAAACUACAUCAUAUUACAGUAAAUCCGUAAUACGUUUUAAAUACGUUCUUUGCUUCGCUCAGAAUUUAAAAUGUUUUCCAUAUUUGUUUUGAUUUGUAAUUUUCUUUAUCUGGCGUGACGUGCAUUUAAAACCUUGUAAAAAUUAUAUUCUAAUAAUUAUUAUCGUUACAUAAUGAUAUAAAGAAAUAUUCCUAUUUUUUUUUGUUUCUUAUUUAAUUAAAAAAAAACAAAAAAAACCCAAACCAUUUCACAAUAUAAUAUAAUCUUGUGUUGUUCAUUCACAUAUUGUUGUUUUAAUAUUAUGAUAAUAGCGAAAAACAAUAACCAACAAGUUAAAACCGACGUCGCGGACUCUGCUACCGUAUGAUAUCGUACACGAAUAUAAUAUUAUAUUGUUUAUUAUUAUUUUAUUUAUUUUUUAUUUUUUUGUGAUUCGAACCUAAUAACCUGUAGACUAGGUCACAAUAUUAUAUUGCAUACUGAUACUAUACAUAUAUAUAUAUAUUAUAUUAUGUUGCGGGAUAGCUGCGGAGACGAAUAAAAAAAAAAAUCAGUAUACUGUAAUAUUGAAGUUAUCGCAUUGGACAGUUUUAAAUUUUUUAUUUUUCUUAAAACAUACACUCGAUCCAUUAAAUAUAUUACAUUUUUAAUCUCGCCAGAUAUUCGUUCGUCUAUAUUUAUUUGAUUUCAUUAUAUUAUUCUCGACGAAUAUUUCCAAGAACGAAAUGAUAUUAUUAUAUUUCAUAUCAGGUCGCGGGCUUGUCAGUUUUUAUUUUUUACUACAUAUUUUAUAAUAUUGUUAAUAAUAAUAUUAUAUUGUGUAUAAUGUUUUUUUUUUUAUUAUUAUUAUUAUUCCUGCGGCGUAAUAAUAUUGUAAUGCAGUGCUUCUCAGACUUUCGACUCAUGGCUCCAUUUUUGAACUAAGGUUUUCUCGGGGCAUCAUUGCAAUUCGUUGAAAUCAAAAACCUAUUCUGAUCGGACUGGUAUUGGUCGCGGUUUUUAUUCCAUUUUAUAGCCAAAGUAACUGAGGUAAAUAAAACCGAUGUAUUCAACAAUUUGACUAUUGUUGUCAAUUUUUUUUUUUUUUUUUUUUAAGUUAAUGUGUUAAAAAUCUAGACAUUUUUUUUAAAAUUUUGAGUAUUACUAGUCAUCCGCAACUUUCAGGGUACAGUGCGAAUAGUUUGGAACAUUUUUCUAACGGAAACGGAAAAAGUGUUUUUGAAAAAAAUUUUAAAAAAAGGACUCCGGCCUCACCGUUCUCGCUGUUCCCGCUUUCGGUUUUAAAUUUGUCGUUUGACCAAUAAAUAUUCAAUAUGGUUACAAGGCGCACACUUUGAGGACCCCUGUUGUAAUGUAUUAUUUAUUACAUAUAUGGUUGCCGGGCAUUAACGAAUUCAAAAACUUGAAGUUAAUUUUAACUCUUGGCCUUUGAUUUCAUUUAUCAGAGUUAUUAUUAUUAUUAUUUUUUUUUUUUUUUUUAAAUUCAACCCAACAAAUAACUUGGUUAUUUUGAAUUGUAAACUACGUUAAGUAUUAAUUUAUUCUUCUUCUUCACUGGCAUUUAAAAUUCUAUUUUGAGUCUUUGCCGCCAUUACUAUAUCCCUCCAUUUCUCUCAGUCUUACACAACUUCCUUCCAUGUUUUCACUUCCAGAGCUUUCAAGUUCUAUUUUACUACGUCUAGCAAUGUUUUUCUUUUCUCUUCCUUGAGGUCUUUCCCAUUCAUCUUCCGUUCUGUUACUGCUCUGAUAGUUUCUUUUUUUCUUCUCACGAUAUGACCGACCUUGUGUUCAGGUACCUAUGUUAGUAUAAUUAUAUUUUCAUUUUAGAUUCUAAGCGCAGUGAGGAAUGAAUUGGUUUUACUAUGAUGUGUGCGAUUUUUAUUUAAUUUUUUAUCUGUUUGUAAAUAAAGUUUACUUGCUGCAAUUCCGCUCCAAUCGAAAAAUGAUAAGCGUGCUUUUUCGUAGCAUUUUGUAUAUAAUCGGUGCAUUGCUGCGAAGGUUGGUUUUUAUUACAAUUACGGUUUUCGUUAUUUUCGAUUUGGGUAAUUUGGUUGAAAAUAAUCGUGCAGACCUGAAGUUUUCGAUAUGAUAUAAUAUUAUGCUUAAUCGUUCAAAACGGUUUUUCGUUAACAAUCGUCGCGUACAGAUCUUAGACCCGUUAUCUUCUAUAUUAGACUCUUGAAAAGAACAAUGUUGUUUUCAUGUAUACGAGGAACGAGGAUAGUUUCAAUUGAGCGACUGAUCAUUGUGUAUAUUAUUGUAAUAAUAUAAUAAUCGAAUUCCGCAGUAAAAAAAAAAAUAUUUAUAUACAUACGUAUUAUUAUAAUAUUGCAGUAAUAAUGUGUACGUGUAAAAAACAAAAAGACGGACGGAAAAAUCUAUUAACGACGACGACGGCGACGACGACGGUGAUAUCAUCGAUAAUAUUAUUAUAUUAUAUUAUUAAUAUGCUCGGGCCGCGUAUAAAAAGUCGAUUCGUGCGUAAUAAUAGCUGUAAACAAACCGCGGUCGUAAACGCGAUAGCGUAAUAUCAUAAUUGACGCGGAAUGCGGCACGGGAGAGACGGAGACGUUGAAUUGCGCGUUGUACUUCCUGCAUUUGUUUGGGAUGUAUAAUAUUAAUAGUACAUCAAUAAGACGGUAUGAUAUACAUAAAUAGUGUCGCUGUAAUGUUUUUCGAACCGACGCGAUCGCGCCUGGUCAGAGAGAGAGAGAGAGAGCCGGAGAGUCUGUCGGAGAGCCGUAACAGAAAAAAAAAAAAAAAAAAAGGCAAUAAAAAAUAUUAAAAGUCCGUCGCGACCGAUGACUUCUACAGCCGUGUAAUGCGUUCGUACAAAUCUGUUAUUAAACCACGAUAGUAAUAUUGUGGUCGCGCCGGAAGUAACGGAAAACGCGUUGGCCGACAUUUAAACGGUCUGUAGAUUCCCGGGUUGACGCACACGCACGGAUCGGUCGGGUUAGGGCACGGUCGACUGUUGCGCCGAAUGUGGGCGCAGUGUUCACCUCCGUUGCGAUACAAUAUACGUCUGUUGCGCCGGUGUAAAUCUGCGGUAUGUAUGCUGAAAAAGUUGGCAUUCGCCCGGCGAUGAUGUGACGCCGGAGCGUUUUUCGCCGGCAUAAACGGACGGUCGCGAAACAAAUAAAAUACGGUAAUCGAACCCCCCGAGCACGCGAAUCCCGAACGAAAGCCCGAAAUGCGGGAAAAUGCCAGCGUUCCAGACCCCCUCCCGAAAAACCUCCGGGACGUAUAUCGAAUCAGUGAUAUCGCACCCUUGGAAUAAUACCGGCCACCGCUCAAAAUUUGAGUCACCUGUGACUCUUUGGUAUCGUUAAAACAUUAUAGACACUGCGGCCGAAUCUGCGCUUUGUUUAAUCUCCGUGACGUCACUUCGUUCCUACCUUCACGGGUGACUCUGCCGUUUCGUAUUUAUUGCUAAAACGCUCGGCCGAUUUCCGAACGAGGCAUCGAACCAGACCCUUGGCCACAGUGCCAGCACAAAUUACUCUUUUAUUAGAAGGUCCGGAACGGUUUUUUUUCUUCCGCGUUCUCUGCGUUCUCUAAUCACCCACGCGACUAUCGUACGCGAGUACACAUGAUCCCGACGUUGUUCGCCUGGUCAAGUAUUGAGCAAUAAAAAUAAAAGAGCAGUAAAUAUCUGCGCGGACGCCCACGUGGUUACGGGUCAAAAUGAAGAAAUCAUCAGUCGUGAAUUUCGAUUUUGCUAGAUUUUUUUAUUCUUCACGUGAUUCAUUGUUUUUCCGUCUUUUUGAUCUCCUUCGUCCUCAUCCCAGCUAUUUGGGUUCGGCCACCCUAAACUUCCACUUGACACGAUCUCCCAUCUCACAAUUCCAGGCUCGCAUAAAUUGGGUGUAUCGCCCAUUGUUUUAUAGUUAACGAUAAAACAUAAAAGGAAAACUAUUGAUUUGAAAAAGAUUUUAAUUUUAGAUUUACGGUUUUUGAAUUAUUUUCUAAUCGGUCGUUUUUUAUUAGCUAUGAAAAAAAUUUGAUAUUUUUUCUCCUGCGAGUCACGUGCAAUUGACGAAACUGCUAUUCCCGUAAAUUUACCCGCUUUCUCUGCCAAUUAUUAUGAAAACGGGUUGGAAAAUAUAUAAAAAAAAAACCACAACUCAAAAACGCACCGACCAGAUUCAAAAUGCCAUAAAUAAAACUCUCUUGUCGUUUUGCGAUCCGAACAAGAUAACCGGUAGAUAAGUCGUGUACUAACACCGAAAAAAAAAAAUCGAGCACCAGGUAAGACACUAGGAACUCCAAUACAUUCCGCCGCUCCGCUCAGAAUCUAAAACCCAACAAACGCGCUGUACAUACGAGUGAGGCGGAUAUAGGAUUAUUUUUUUUUGAGGGGAGGGGCCCAAAAUUGUUCAUAUCAUUUUUUAACAAUGAACGCUAAAUAUUAUAUACAUCUAGAUUACAAUCGACAUUAUUUACGACUAUCGUAAUAAUAUUGGUCUAACCGCAAUUAUUUGAACGACGAUUUAUAAUCAUUAUUAGCUCAUAUUAUUACAACUACAAAUAUAACGUAACUGUCAAUGGGGGGGGGGGAGGAGUACCGGGCCCUCUCGGCCCCCUCCCCUUGAAUCCGCCACUGGUGUCUAGUUGUAUUGCCGACCGUUCGUAUGACUUAAUAUCAAUACACGAGCCCGACCGAGUUUUCCGGCUUAAGAAUAAUGUUUAUUUAACGUUAUAAAAAAUCAGAAAAAAAAAAAAAAUCUGCGUGUUAUAAAAAUAGAGUAUUAUUAUUUCUAAUCGAGUCGACCUUGAAGCGCGGUGGACCCGGUGUCGACGCGAUGCUAUCCGUCGGCGGCGGCGGCGGCGGCGAUGCCAAAUUUCUCGUUCAUUAUUCCGUCGGCUCGUUGCCGGUCGUCGUCUCCGAUUUUCGUAAAUACCACCGGUAUACGUAACGACAACAUCAACAACAAUAACAACAACACGACACCAUAAUAUUAUUAUUAUUAUUAUUGUUAUUAUUGUUUUCGUUGUUAUUGUUAUCGUGUUGCACACGUGGUGUACGGGACCUUUUCCCGACAAUAUUAUUGUACUCGCGGACGUAUUUCAGAUAAUCGUUUGAAUAAUUGACGGUGGAAGGGAACGGGGAACGAUAAUAAACGGUCGAAAAUCUAAAAACAAACGCGUUAUAAUAUAAUAUGAUUAGAUUUUUUUUUUAAUUUUUUUUUUUCCGACCAAAAACCGUUUUCGUCGUGCUAUUGCCGCGAUAUCGGCGGAAUUUGACCGGCUCGGUGGUGAGAUUACGCCGGGGACGACGUCCCGUUCGGUGAAAAACAAACGUAACGAUUUACUGCGCAGCUGCAGCCGUUCCGAACAAAUAGACAAUACCUAUUUUAUUAUUGUUUUGUGACAUUGUUGUGCGACUGGUGUCGUCGGGCUUGGGCGCCAUCUGGCGGCCGACGAUGACCGUCCGCUCGACGCUGACAGUAGCUAGAUGUCGCUGUAAGUUACGAGUUAAUAUUAUAAAAUAUUGUUUCGACGUUUCGUAUUAUGUGACUUUAAAGCGAAACCGGUGCUAUACAAAAUACAUAAUAUUAUGUCGAUAAAUAAAUAAACAAUUUAAUAAAUAAAUAAAUAAUAAACAAAAAAAAAAAAUAAAAUAAAACAAGAACAAUUCAUCGCAAGUUACAGCUGCCCGAGGACCGUUUGCAACUUAUAUUCAACUUGACGGCGUAGAAGCUAUUGCGAAAAAUCGAACUCGAAAAUUCGUUUGCGUUCAAACGCUAGUGCGCGAACGUACAGACAUGCUGUCUAAAAACAAUAAAUAGCGAUGUUAUCUUGAUGUGAUAUUUAAUGAAUCGCCAAGAUUUAUUAAACAUUUCGACGAAAAUCAAAAAUGAAACGUACGACAAAAUACGAUUUAUUAUUUUGAUAUUAAUGAAAUAUCUAAUGUUAAAUUAACAUAAGAAAUUAUUUAUUAAAUUAUAGACACAAUUAUUUAUGCUAUUUUAUCUGCAGUGAAACUUAAUCUAUAUUUGUGACAUUUUAGUUCUUUUGAUCGAUUUGCCCAAUAAUAUUACCGUCGCGAUAAUAUUAUCUCCUCUAGGUUCGUUGGACUUAUCCCGAACCGUCCGAGCGGUUUUCAAACAAGAAACGUUGACAUUGUCCAGUGAAAACUUCGAAAUAAUAUAUCAAAAUUCAGUGUCCGGAAUGUCCUUCGACGUUCUUCGUUCGACGUAUACGAGUAAAAAAUGUAUUGUAUAUACAAACAAACAAGUUUCCGUUCGCUUUCUUAACGCGUCUGCCCAUAUUGGGUCGUUAAUUUCUUCACACCAUAAGGUUUCGGUGAUGAGUCUCGUAGAUUCCACCCUGUCUGUGUUUUUUUUUUCUCUACGAGGUUGCAUUACUAUUAUAUUUUUUUAUUCGUCGGUAUUGUUAAUCUCACCCUCGAUGACUAACCCUUGAUCGUAAAUAGAUAUCUUUAUCGUAAUUUAUUUUUUAUUCUAUUAAAUCUAUGGACACCGCAAUUGCGUCAGAAGAGGUUUUUCAUAUCAGCCCCACGUCCUCUCAGUUUUAUUGAUCGUAAAAACUACGGCCGGUUUCAAAUUCGCGUAUUCUUUUAUUAUUUAGGAACCCUCGAUACAGGUAUACGUAAAGAAAAGUUCCCGGAAAAACAAUACUCGAUUGUUUUUAAAAUGUAUAUUUCGAGUGUUUUUCGGAUUUAUGGACAUUUAAUGAAAAUAAAAUAAUAAAAUCGGACUACCAGAACCCAUUAAAAUGUUUCGUUUACUGGCACUCUUUGAAGACUUGCCGUAGUCAGAAGAUAUUAAAUACUAUUUUUAGUACAAAAAUCAAGUUUGUUACGUUUCAAAACUCGUAUGCGCGUUAAACAUCGAAAAACAUUGUUCAAUUAUUUAGAAAAUGUAUUAAAAUCGUUCUAAACUGAUUUUUAUCUAUAACUUGACUAUUGUCAAACUUAUAAGUCGAAUCGAAUAAAAUCGCAAUUAUUAAUAUUGUCACCGUCAUUGGGUAGCCUGCUUAGGUAAAUAUGUUUAUAAAUUGUACCUAUUUACUUAGAUAUCGAAUAAAAAAAAUUGUAUUCGAUGUAUUCAUUAUUACAUUUUAAUAAUAUGAGAGAAGUCGUAAGUAGUGGAAAUUAAUAGUGUUUAGGAAAAUUCUAUUUGAAUCCAUUACAAUAUAAAUUGUAACAGAAAAAAAAAAAAUUGUCAACAUGUGUGUUUUGUGUUUUUGUGCGAUUUUCAGUCUCCUUAUGACGGAGAUUUCGCGUUCUUAUGUAUUUUUCAUAAACUCCGUCAAAAUUGUUCUCUUAUAAAUUUAAAUAUCAAAUAGUAUGUAAUAUUAUGUAAACCAUACAAUUAUUCCGUAAUCGUAUAGUUUCGAGACUCCAAUAUUAUCGGUCAGAUUUUAUACUCAUGCGAGCCCGGAUUAAAAUGGAGGGGAAGAGGGGCAAGGCGGGGACAUGGACCUCGGUCCUCAAAACUGCAAAAGGAUCAGUUUUUACCGGAGCACGUUCUUCAUCGUGUGCGCAUUUAAUCAUAUUUAUUUUGUAUUUUUAUAUUUCAUUGUACAUUUAAUAUUUUCUCAUUUUAUAUAUAUACCUUUUAAUGGCGUAUAGUAGUUAACUGUCAUAUUUCAUAUAAUAGUAAUUUUUUUUUUAAAAGCAUAUUUUACUUAAUAACACCGGCAUAGGCGCAACUAAACUUCCGACUUUGAGGGUGUGCUCCCGCAAUCCUCUUUAUACGAUUUUUACAAUAAAAAACUACACAUUUCAUUUUAAAUGUCGUAAAAAGAAAUAUAUCAUAAUUAUUUUAAUAUUAUUUUUCAUAUACACAUAGAUUGGCUUUAUUUUGUUCUGCUCAUUAAUCAUGAAAUACGUGGAUGAAAAAUUUAGUCAUUACUAUGAAAAAGCUUAGGCAUUGGGUUAUUUUUGGGGCUGCUAAUUUUAAACUCGGCGGUACUAAAGAGCCCCAUGCAUUCCCCCUCGUUCAAAAUUCAAUUGAAAUGGUUAUGUCAGUAUUAGUUUUUUGUUUGUUUUUACGUAACACCGUUACGGAUUACUUAAGGGAUUGCUGGAUUAUUUUGUUCUACAAUAAUUUCUACAUUGAACCUCCAGUUCGCCGAAGAAUUCCAAUGUUGUUUGGGAACUUAUAAUUAAUUUUGAUUAGGUAUCACGCCCAUAACACUAAUUUGAGAUUGCUCGUUGAUUUUUAUCAAGACCGUAUUAAACGUUCGGGGAACCGAAUUGCGAAAACACUUGAGCCGAGACGGGCGUGGGUGGUGUAUUUGCCUACGCCUCAUACGCACAUUGUUGAAAAUAUUAAAUUACAUUUUACGGGUAUUUCUAAAUCCGUACGAUCGGAAUAUUUUGGGGUACCUACCUACUAUUUACCUAAUACGGUAAUAAUAUGCCGGCAUUAGGUUUUCAUUUCCCGUUGAUAUGAAAAACCAUUAGAUUAAAAGACAAUUUGUUUGCAUUGCUUAUAAAUAGCUCUCCAUAUAUUUAUUUAUGCGUAAUAAAUUAUUUACUUGACUCGUAUUGACGUCAUAAAAUUACGAUACACGUUUAUUAACGUAAUGGAUAUAUAAACGCGUGUGCGGUGUAUGCCUCUAUAUAAAGCCCACAGGUUAAUAAUAAUUUCGUAAAAAAUUGUAUCGUUUUAGUAAAGUAUUAUAAAUUUAUAACAUAUACGGUGUCAUCAUAUAUUAAUUCUCUACUAUAAUUUUGUAGUAUGAGAUACGUUUUUUCACUGUAUCUAUAGCAUGUGUUUUUAUGUACCUAUGAAUCAAAUAUUUAUUUUAAACUUUUUUAUACAUGUAAGUUACUGCAAGUUUAAUCUUUUUUUUCAAUUUUUUUUUUUUUGUGCUUAAUCCGUAUUUACCUUAUUCGGCUCUUAUCGUUGUUAUUGAAUAAAUAACAGUAUUUGUUUUUUUUUUCCUUUUAUCAGUGGUUAUAAUUUAAAGCAUCAUAUGUAUAUAUAUUAUAUCUAAAAUGACUACCAGUAACGCGCUAGAUACGUAUAUAGACCUAAAUAGUUAAGACUUUAUUUUUUAAAAUAUUUUUUUUUUUUUGCUAAAUAUUUCACUAUCGAAAUUGUACAUAACAUUUAAUCCCACAAUAAUUUCUCAUAUCUUUUUGUUUAAUUCAAAGCGAUAACAAGGCCUACAAUGAAUGAUAAAUUUCUUUAACUAGAGUUUUUGUAAAUUCGAUAUCUCUUUAACCUAAAUACUGUACCUGCCUAUAUAUUGUACUAAUAUAACUUGUUUACUUGUAGAAUACAUUAAGUAUAAUGAAGUUGGAUGAUGGGGUAUGUAGGGUUAUUUAGUUGUUAUACUGUACCGUGUGACGAUAAAUCAUUGCAAAGAAAAACAAAACAUGUUUUCAUAAAUUUAAAUUAAAAAUUAUAUUAGUUUAUAAUUAUAAAAAAUAAAUUUUAAUUGUUAGAAUUUUUAAAGAAUUUGAACAUAAAUUGCUGACAAGAAUAUAUUUCAAAAUUAGUAUUCAGAUAAAAUUAUUUUUUUGUUUUUUAUUUAAUGAAAUUAUUAACAUUAAUUAUUAUAGCAUAAAAUGAUAAAAACCAAAAAAUAAAAGAAAAACACCAGAAGUUUUGAAAAUUGUACCUCGUCUCAAAAGAGCUAACUAAUCGGUGAUACUUUUCAGAUUUCAGCGACUAUUUUUUCCUGAAUUACGAAAAAAAAUCGAAUUUAAUAAAAACACUAUUAUUCUAUUCUACACUAUAUUCUGUUUUCCGAUGUUUGUUCCCUGUGUUUUCCUAUUUUUAAAAAACUGUAAGGAAAAUUUGAAAAAUUAUAUUCCCAAUAGACUGACUAGAUAAUAUUUUCCAUUAGAUAUCAUCUAUGAAGUUGACGAUUGGAACAAAAUUUCCGGUUGAAAACUUGUAAAUAGACAGAAGUGCAUAUAGUAAUGUAGGCAAUUUCUUGAUUUUUUUUUCCAAAAAUUGAUAUAGUCACUCAAAAAUCUGUUUAAACGCAAUUUUCUACAAUAUGAGAGCAAUGGAAACAAAUUUUAUAUGAAUCUUAAUGAAUGAUUCCAAUAUAUUAAAAUUGAUAAUUUAUUUAAAUAUUAAACAAAACUACUAAACUAAGUAAAAUAUAAAACUUUAUUUACUUAAUAAUAUAAUGAAGAUGAAUCACGCAGUACCUAAUCAAUUAAAUAUGGUGUCAUAUAUAUUUCGAGUUUAAAUAUUUUAACUGUGGUGCUUCAUAACGACACAGUUAUGACCGUGCUGCUAAAAAUAAUAAGACAAUUUAACGAGUUUUGCGGGAGAUUUAAAUUAUUAUAAUUUAUUGACGACCUUUUUUUUUUUUUAAAUAUAAUAUUAUUUGUGCGCGUCGUAGUUGGCUUACUUUUAACGCCAUAAUCUUUCCACAAUUUAUUCUUACGUCAGAUACAAAUCAUAAAUUGUAAUUCAUCGAAAUAGUAAGAAUUUUAAUUUGACUCAAUUUAACUUUAAAACGGUUUCAGCUUGUACAUGUCGUACAAAUCCGGGCAUUAAAUAGUUAAAAAGUUAGAAUUAUUAAUUUGAAUAGACUUUUGAUAAUUAAUUUAAUAAAUUUAAUUAAUUAACUUAAUUAGUUGGUUUAAAUUCCGAUUAACUUUCUGACGCGUUGUUUUGGAUAUCUGAUGUGUCUAAAAUGUAUUUAUUAAUACCGAUGAACUUAAUGAUUUAAUUUUUAGUGUUACCUAAUAAGUAAUAGUACUGAAAAACAAUUUUUAGAAAAAGUCAGUGUUACAUAUAUUACGUUUGCAAUUUGAUUAUUAUUUGCUGUUCAAUAAUUUAGUUUACAUUUUGAAUAAAUGUGUUUUUUUUUAGGUUGGUGACAAUUUAAAAAAAAAAAAAAAAAAAAAAAAAAACAAUAAUACAAUUAAACUUUUUUUUAACUCUAGUUAUUAUUUUCACCGAAAACUUCUAACUGAACUGAGUUGUAAGUUUGUCAACAAUUUAAAAAAAUGUUUAUACAAUUUUGACUGUUUUAACUAACUCUACUAUUAUUACCAAUAUGUUAAUUUUUUUAAGAAACUUACAUAUGGCCAUGCAGAGUUCAGUGGUUAAAGUGUGAGAAACUUCGAAGGGUUGUAUUUACCAAAAAUUAAGGGUCCUUACGAACUAGUUAACUAACUAAACCCAACUAAACUUUCACAAAAUUUAUUGUGAUGACAAGAUUUUCAAAAUAUUUUGUUCCCAUUUACAUUUGUUUACCUGUUAUAUUUGUUUAAUGUUAUGCUAAUAUGUUUUAACAGUAAACUUUACUUCCUCAAAAAAAGAUAAAAAAUAUAAUAUGUAUUAUCCUACACAUAUGCCUGCUCAGUAAAAAUAAAGUAAAACUGAGUUGGAUUAGGUGUAAUCCAAUAAGUAUUAAUGAAUUUAUUUAUUACAUGAUAAUACGAAUUUUCCUAAUUUCGUAAAAAAAGCUUUAGUGGCAAUACCACUUGUGUCUCCCCGGACUUUGAAGACCUACUCUCCCACCUCCACUUUAAUCACUUUUUGCAACUCUGACGAGGUUUUUAUAACGUUGUACCGGAUUAUAAUAGGUUUCACGAGUCUCGACCUCGCGUCAAAACUAUUUCACGAGAACAACACCUUAUGAUUAUACAUUUUAAUUUUCGACUUAAUCCUCUGUGUAUGGCGCCGUAAGGUUAAUUCUAAUAAUAGCUGUCUCAGAUCGUUGAAUAUACAUUCAAUUAAUUUAUAUUUAUGAGCGUUUUACAUUCACGCACACACAUACGUUUAGUAUUUCUAUAGUUAUUCAAAUCAUCGAUGAACGUAUAUUAUUACAGUGUCGUCUUACUCGGAUAACAUAACAGGUAGGUGAUAAUUCAAUGGUGUUUGUCAUUAGGUAUUGUUAUUAUUGUCUGUAUAAUAUAACACAUAAUUUCGUCGCUCGAAUAAUUUAAUAUUUUAAUUUUGAAUAAUAUUAUACGAGCAGUCGCUUAUUGUAAUAUAUUAUAAUCAAUAAGUAAGGUAUCGAUAAACUCGCGCCUUAUAUAGCGUUCGAUAUUGCGUGGUGAAGGAUAGGUUACAAUAUUUACUAGUCUUAGACUCCAUUUCCUGUGACGAGAAGCGUAUUAACUAUCUCUAUACAAUAAACGAGGCACAUACGCAAAUGGAAUCAUUUGAUUAACUAAAUAUGGCGUUAUUCGUUUUAAGUAUACGAUCCAGCAGUGUCAAUGAAAGUUGCCGGGUUCGAAUUUGACGAUCAUAAACCAAUUUUUUUACCGCCCCCACCCCUUAAUUUAUCUAAAUCGUCUUGGAUUUUCCUUGUAGGAGAUUUUUUUUAUAUUCAAAUGGGCGCAAAGUACCUGUAGUCCGUUGGACACCAGUAGAGUGAGAUUUAGCUUACUGUUUGUCAAAAAGUAAAUAAGUGGUGAAUCAUCGAAUUAUUAAAUUUUAGAACAAAAUAUUCUAUUUCAUAUAAAAAAUACUCUCAUCAGUGGGAGAGGGAUAACUGGAGAUAGUCCACGCGUUAAGAAGAAGAUUUGUUAUAUCUGUUUGCGGAGUUGUUUUUAAAAGAUGGGUGAAUGGACAAGCAGUGUAAAAAUUCAGUAAAAAAAUUCCUCGCUUCGUCGACUAAGGUUUUAGGUGGACACUAUAUUAUAUAACUUCCUUGAAGCGUUAUCAGGUUUAAACCAAUAGUGAAAACUAUUUAACAGAGUAUAGCAAUUGUUUAUUAUUUAAAACGUGUUAUCGAUAUUAUGUAGUUUUGAUAAACAAUUAUAAAGGGUAGGUUAGUAAGGAUGAUUCCAUCCACGUUAAUUUUAGCUCGUUUCAAGUCGUAUACUUGGUACUAAACGUUAAUGUGCAAUAACUGGGAACGCAUAUUUCUCCAGUUCUUUCUUUACGUCAACGCAGUAGUAUAUAUAUAUAUUUGUUAAACGGCGAAAAUGUUUGUUUUUUUGGCAUUAACACGUAUAUUUCACGUGCGUAUACGAAGACCAUUAAUUACAUAACCACGACCGAUGACGUGAACAGAUUUUGGCGAUAUUUUUAGGUUAAGGUUGAGUAAUUAAUAAUAUAAUAUACAUUAGUAUAGGUACUAAUACUACUGGGUCUUAUAUACUGGUGUUUUUAACCGAAAAUAACAAUCCAAGUAUGCAUAUUAAAUAAUUUUGGCUUCUAUGGGACAAACUAUGCAUUGGAAUACUCUGCAUACUCUAUACGCAAGCCUAUGUCAGAACGACUGCUAAAUUCCCCAAGAACCGUUGGGUAAACAAAGCUAAAAAAGGCUUGAGAAAAUAAAUAAUGGUGAAUAGAUGUGGACAGAGUCAGUUGAAGAGAAGUUAUAGUUGUGACAAAAUACUUAAAUGUUAAGUUAAAAAAAAAAAAAAUGGAUGUGUUUCAUAUGAAGAGGUGAUAGAUGAUAAGGCAUACGCUGAUACAUCAUGGUGACGAAGUUCAUAAUAUAUAGCCUUAGAACCAAAAGAACAGCGGGAGAUUUUAGAUCAAGAGAAAGACCAACAAGAAGUACGUUGACCAAAUACUAUAAUGAAAGACGUAUAAUUAAAUUUAUGUAUAAAUUCAUGAAUAAAUCAUGUUUUGUCACGUUUAAAUCUAUGCCAAAAUUUAAAAACUAAAAAUAAAAUAUAAUAUAUAAGUACUUAUAGGUAAAACACGAAUGGAACUCAUAAAACAAUUUAUUUAGCGGUUUACCCAUAGUUAUAUUAAGACUAACCCAAUAAAAAAGUAGUAAUACUUAAAUAACAUAUUUUAUGUGUAAAAAAUGCAAAAAAAGUUGAAGGAGUGGGGAUCGAUUAUUCGGCCAGCAGUAUUGCAGGAGAUUAAAGCUCCGUAUAUAUAAAAGAAUCCGACACCUUAUUCCGCUUGGUUAUCCUGACAUAGAUCCGAACUGUCGAUUUCAGUAUUUAAAGAAAAUCAAUAAUAUUAUAUUAAACAUUAAUUUGAAAAGCAUUGAAAACGAUGAUAAAUAAUUUAAAAAUUAACAUUUUAUUAUAUUAAUGUAGAUUAUCACGUUAAAUUUUUUAAACAAUAAACUGUUAUUUCUUUUCGGUAAAAAGUGUUCAAUAACUACACAAAAGAAACAGUGACUGAAGAAAAUUUAAAGCAUAAACGACUUUGAAAAAGGUAGUACAAUCUUAUCUACAUGAGUGUAAAAAUGUGAUAUCGUAGUUGAUACACCGGUGUAGAUGAACUAUAUAUAAUCUAUAUUCUGUACUUUAUUGUGAUGACUGUUAUCAAAUUAACGAUAUCCUACUGUGAUAUGACAAUAAUUAUGGUGCACUUCAUAUUAUACGAGUAUAAUACUCGUAAAGUGUGAUAUUGUGAGGUAAGAAAAAAAGUUGCAGAUAUUAUGUUCAUUUAUGAUUUAUUGAAUGGUCACUAUUUUCCCUAGAUUUGCUUUCUAUGAUUGAGUUUAAUAUAACAAAUCACCGUUUAAGAAAUUAAAACUUAUUUCAUGUACCGUUUCAUAAAAAAUAAUUAUAGCUACAUUUUUUUCUUCCCUAGAGCAUUAAAACUAGCAAAUCUUAUUACUGACCACGUAGAUUUUUUCUUUAUGCCACGAGUUGUUUUUAAUAGAAAUAUAUAUUCAACCUUAAACUCAUUGUAAAUUAAUUAAUCAUUUACCAUUAUUAUGUUAUUAUUGAUUUAGUGUUAUUUCUUAGUUACUAUCAUCAUUUACCAAUGUCUAAUUAUUAUUAUUUAGUAUUUUCAUUAUUUUUGUUUUAAUUUUAGUUCUUAUUGUUACUGUAAAAUACUUAAAAAAUGUAAACCUGAUAUUACCAACAAAAAAAGCCGUUUAUUAUACAUAAAUAAAUAUCACUGACCGGUGUGUAGUGUACACGAGUGUUUAGUCGGACGGAAAAUUCCAUUAUAUUUUAUAACAUUAGGACUUUGAACGAGUUUGAACGAUAUUAGAUAAUAUAAAUUUAAUUUCAUUGUAGAUAAUUUAAAAAUUAUAUAUUUAUUAUCUAUACGAAUUUAAAAAUAAGAAAGUAGUGUUAAAAAAAAAAAACGAAUUAACUGAAAAAUUAUGAUUCGUGUCAUUUGGUGACAAGUCGUAUUUUUUUAUACAAGUUAAUUAAAUUAAUUUAUAUAAUAACUUAUAGGAUGGAUAGUUAGUUUUAAGUAAUACUUAAUAACUAUUGAGUUAUUUAAAAAAAAUACAGUCAUUCCCAGCGAAUAAAGUCUGCGGGUGUCUGCUUGUGGGUAUAGACUUAUUAUAUGCGUAGCGUCGGUGUAUAAUCGCGUUAAAAUACUGCGGUACUGCGCAAAGUCGGUACGUCAUUUUUCAUUUAUACCGGAGACAUCUUUCCGACGGACGUGUCUAUAAAUUAAUGACGCGUGUAUAUUAUAUGUGUUUUCGUGGUCCGUUUAUAAGAAACAAGUGUAUUAUGGAUUAGCCGUUUUAUCGUCGUAAACAUUUACACCACUAGACGCGUCUGCCAGAUUACCGUAAUAAUAUACCUACUCCGUCUAAAUAAAAUAAAUUCGACCUCAACUCGUGUAUAUAUUAUUAAAAUAUACACGUCAAAAAGUCAACCGGACGUUUUGUAUAUAUCAAGAAAACUUCAGCAGACUACACGUUUGAUAUUUAUUCGUUUGUCUCGUACUAUACGGGCACCGUCAUUGGUGCCAAGUUUUGAAAAAACCAUCGGGCGUUCUAGGCUAAAAGCGCCUCCCCAAUUGAAACAAAAUAUAUUACAGGUUGUAUAACCGUCAAUUUAUUGUAAUUGUAUAUUCAGUGGUGUACUUAGACCCGAAUUUUCGGAGAGUUAAAUUUAUAAAUAGAGGAUAUGAUUGACCGAAAAAAUCGAUUAUUUCCGAAAAUUUGGAGUACAAGUAAUUCCUCUCUUUCCGUUAGUACAGUAUAUUUAUAUAUAUAUGUAUACUUUUACCUUGCCUACACUUUCAAGACACCUAAAAAAAUCUUAGAGGUAUACCUACAUAAUUAAUAUUCAUAAUAAUUUAUAAAUUUUAUGCAUAUAUAGAUAUGGAAUAUCAUAUAAAUUUAUUAAACUGCAUAUUUAAUUGAACAUAAGACAAUACGAUAAGAAUCACAAUUUAAAUUUUCUUAUUAAUUUUUUUCCCACUCGAUCUUCAAAAGAAGACUGCUUUAUUUAGUUUUCAACAUUUUCAAAUUAAUUGUUUCUUUUUUGGAGAAAAUUAUUAAUUAUUGUCAUAGAUUGAACUCGAAUUUUAUGGGGAACUGCGCAUCCCAUACAAAUGUCAAUGGAUACUCGAACAUGGCGCUAUGGGUACAAUUAAGUUUAUUGUGUUAGUGGUUAUUAAUUUAUGAAUACUUACUUUUAUACUAUUUGUAUUUUUCAAAAAUAAUACUUUUGGAAAUGUACACAUCUGCCGGUUAAAUCGGUUCCUAUAUUUGAAAUUCAAAUAGGCGCUCGUCGCUGCUUUGCAAUACUACUCUUAUUCAGCGGACAAUAUACCAGUAUUAAAAAGACUUUUUUUUUUUUUUUACUCAGUUCACUCCGAAAUUUGUUUUUCGACAUCCUAUAACAAUGAUUUUGUAUACUUUUUUUUGAAAAUGUUCGUAAUACGCCAACAUAAUUAACCAAAGGUUAAUAUUAACCUCUUAUGACAAUAGAAAAAUAAUCAGUGAAUGAACAUAAAAAUAUUGUGCCUACGUCUUUUAAAUUACAAAUUAAGUCGCUAGGCCAGUUACAAAUUUGAAUCAUUCAAAUAUGUUUCAAAAUAAAAUUUGAUUUUACAUAAUAUUUUUUAAACAUAUUCUAGCAAUAUAUACCGAUAUUACUGUAAAAACCUAACCUAAAUUCGAAAUGUUUACUUCUUAAGCUAACGCGAUAUUUACGAAUUACAAUUUAAACAGCUUACCGGUUUUUUUUUUUCCAUUCACCCUUGUGUAUAAAUUGUUAUUUACAUUAAACACGUUGUGCGUCUGCGUACGUUGUACGUAUUUUAAAAUAACUGUUUUUUUUUUUUUUUAAUUAAUAUUAUAAAUUCGAUUGAAAGAAAUAAAAUAAAUAAUAAUAAAAAAAAUAAAAAAAAAAAAACCACGAUAACGAAUGGGCGGCGAAUUUCUUUCUGCCCGCGGGCGACGUACCGCUUAAUCCGCCGCCGAUAAAACGGGUACGCGUACAUUCGUGGGAUACCCUGUAUGCGUGAUUCUCGUUAUUCAACAGAACAACCGGUACACGUUGCAAAGGGCCCGGGGCCGAAUCCGUUUAUAGGGCCCGGGCACCGCACCCGUGUUAUUGUCGUCGUACUAGCGCGCAGCAGGUGACACGAAAUUCUCCGAGCGCUCACAGCGCCCACACUUAUAAUUUUCGUUCGUAAACGUUUAAAAUCCGGCGGGUCGCAUUGUCCGCCGCGUACAGACCUCUCGUCUCGUAUUAUAAUAAUAUAAUACGAUAAUAAUUAUAAUUCACGCGCGUUUCCGAUUAUUUAUCGUAUUCCAUUUAUCGCCCGAGUUCGCGCGAGUCCUCCGGGCGCGCGCGCGCGCGCGCACACACACACACACACACACAAUACACCGGGAAAUAUUUCGCGCGGUCCCCGGCGGCCGCCCACCGGCGAGUUUUGCAUAAUAUUCUAUUCUUUUCGUCGGCUCUUUACGUCCGCAUCACAAUAACAUCAGCGGCCACACUAAAUUACAGUACGCGCGCAGCGUAGGUGCCGGGCGUUUCUUUUGUAAGGGACACGUCUGUCCUCCGGGCGCUAGUACCUAUAUUGUUAUCACCGUACAUGAUAAAUACGCGGGCGCGCGUUCGAAAAAUAACACAAAAACCGGACGAACAAUAAUAUUUAUUAUGUUAUCGGCGUUACAAUAUAAUCUACAAUAAUAAUAACGGCCCGUUGAUAAACAUUAAUAUUAUUGCGUGCGUGUAAACGUCGAUAGCGCGUGUGCGUGCGACAAGGGCGGCCGUGGGUGCCCACCUUGAUACAUACAGUUCAGGUGGCGGCCGGUGUCCGCGCGGUGGGAGCGACGGCGAUAGUGUGCGACACGCACGUCACGCCCGCCGCCGUAGCGUCCCGCGACGACAGCGGACGAAGUCGCCGCCACCGCCGCCGACUACUGCCGUACUACUACAGCUAUAGUCGUACCCUUCCAGCGCGUGUCCGUUGGAUUUUUCGCGCCGUACCGGUGUAGUGAACGGCAGUGUGCAACCGGUGUCCGUACGCGACAGUUGUCCUGUAAGCCCUGUUAUCCCGUUAUCCCGUCGGUUAAGCGUAAAUCGGUCCGCGUCCCGAACUCGUCGUCGUCACGUCACGCGGUUUUCCGUUCGUCGAGUCCGUAAAUUAUCGCGCAUUCGGUAUGGAAAAAAAAAAAAUUAAAAAUUUAGACAAUUUAAUCUUUAGGGCGUCGCGCGACUUCAUAAACGACCCGGUCGGAUAGAUAGUUGGCCGCCGUAUGAAACGAAUCGUUUCCAGGAUGGCGUUCGUAGCCCGCGUCGACUCUUGCAGAACCAAUCCUCCGCAUUGUUCAUCCUUGCGCACACAGUGCGGUAUAAAACCUCCAUAAUUCGAAAAAACUAAACGAUCGUAAUCUGUACCGUCCUCUCUUCUCCCGGGUGAUUGUCUUUUUUUUUCGCGACACUGGACGUGUUCCCUAUAAGUACAAAUAGCGUACAUUUUUUCUUCCGGCUUCUAUAUAUUACGUAUCGCGUUUGAAAAACUCGAGUUUACCGAAACGGGUGUAAUUUUUUUAGGGUGCGAAUGCUUAGUUAGGUGUGUAGGUUAUUAUUAUUAUUAUUUUUUAAUUUGAUCUCUCUAUGUUUGGUCUAAUGUAUUAUGCAUAAGCAUAUAACGUGUAGAACAUUUUAUACCCAUCGGUUAAGUUUAACCCAUGCCCUAAAGCUCGCAAAGUUUAAAACCAUCGCGUUUUUCUCCGAGUAACGGUUUAAAGUUCAGUUGACAUCUCGUUACAACCAAGUAAACAUUUAUUAUCUCUUUGAUAUUGGAUAGCUAUAGCGUUUAGACGUGUUUUAUCUUAACUGAGCUCCAGCUCUAGUAAUGUAUGACCGUGAAAUCUAUGUUGUCUAUAGUCAGAUAUUAAACUUCAAACAUUAAUAUCGGGUUCACUUAUUAAUUAUUGUCGUGUGAAAUAAAAAAAAAUUAUAUUUCGGAACGACGGAAUUCGGUACAAUUUACAACCAAUCGUCGAAAAGAAAAAUUUUUAACGAAUCACGGCAAGUAUGCUCGCGGAUAUAUUAAGUUUUAUUAUUUAAUUCUAUAUUUGUAUUGUUUAUAAAAGUCAAAUUCAUAAGUGUAUCUCGUUUUAUUGAAACCGCCCCCCCCUUCCAUUAUAUGUGAAAUUGUAUGGAUAUAUAUAAAAAAAUAUUUAUGUUAACUAAACGUGUUCGUUGUAAUGCGGUACAUAAUAAUUAUAAAACGUUGUGUAUAGCGAUAAACAACAUUCGUGUUCAUAACAAACUACAUCGUCUGUAUUAUUCGAAAGGAAUUUGCUUUCCACAGUAUACGGUGUACUGCAGUCUGUGCUUGAGAGGUAGGUAAUUAUAGGUACGGCACGAUAUUUAUUUUCGUCUUAUUGACGAGAUUUUUCGAAUUAUGGAAGUUUUUACAUUCGCCUCUUCUCGCAAGUGUAGAAACAUCAAACGUCCGCUCUGUUUUGCGCGUUCGUGUUCACGAAUUUCGGUCUAUAUUGCUAUAGGGUGUCCAACCUUUUGUAGAGAAGCCGUAUUGAAGGAUUAGAAAUGCAUAGUUGUCGUAUAAACAACUUGUGGGAUUUUCUUUUUCUUUUUGUUUCGACAUUCAAUAUUAUAUGAGGACGGAAGUAGCAGUGAUGGAUUUCAAGUGGUCGAAAUGACUGUCGCCCUCACCUCAGAUUUUUUUUAAAUUUGUUAGUUGAAUUAAAUAGAUACCAAGCCCAUUAUUGUGGGGGGGAGGGUGUCCAGUGUAAAUUUGAACGUGACAGGUAUACCUAAGUAUAUAGUGCACAGUAAAUUCAAUCAAUUUUAGACCUUUCCUCUCUCGAAAUUCGUUUAUAGUUCACCCAGCUCUACCUUUAAAUGUUCUUUAGAUCCAUCUCGGGGACGUAGUCGAAUUAUAGUUUUAUACUAUAUGUAUACGUAUACGAUCCGUGGUUGUUAACAUGUACAAGGAGACUGUAAUUAAAAUCUGUCUCGUGGGGUUGGACACCCUCAACAAAACAAAAAUUAAAAUUAAAAUUAAUUAGUUUAUAAACUGGGAAUUUGAGCCGAUUAGCUAUUUACUCGUAUGUAGGUACGUCAGAAUAUUGUAGAGAGAAUAUCGUCUGGGAGACGGUUUUGAAUGAGUGACGAAACGAAAUGUGAUGAGAUGAAACAGUGCAGCAUGUGUUAUAUAGUCAUAGAUACGUGAUGAUAUAAGUGAGAUGUGUAUAUCAGCGAAUGAAAUGAGACAGUUGUUACAGUUGUUCCAAUGAUUGACUAAACGUUAUAGCUGAUAGUGUCGGAAGAAUGAAUACCGGACUCUGUGAAAACUUAAAUCGACUAUUGUUUUGGGUUUGGUAUCGACGUGCGAAUUCAAUGCCGUUAAGCGUCUAAUUGACGGCCCUGGACCGCCAAAGACAACGUUAUCGAAUUUUUACCAUUUGGCUUUUGUUCCUGUACUUUCUUUUCCUCCCGGGGCACGCCACUGCUAAUUUGUCGGGAACCGACGCCUGUGGAGUUUGUCGUGGGCGGAUGACGGGGUAAACUUUGACACCGGGCUCGACCGCGGUCACGGUAAUUAACUCACGUCAGAAUUUGUUUUUUUUUUUUUUCAUUUUAUUUUUUUCCUGGCACAUCGCUAGCCGGCAUAUUAUAAUUUGUCCGUAAAACCGCGUUCGAUUUUCGAAUCGUUGUGGGUGCGGCAGAGGCGGCACUGUUAUAUAUUAUGCAUUCGUUUCGUUUCUAUUUAAUCGUAUCCUGUAUAAUAUAUUAUUUACGUUUUAAAUUGGCUCGUCGAUAGGACGUCUAAAUAUAGGUAAGAACAGAUAAAUCGAGAAAGAGAGAGAUAGAGAGAGAGAGAGAAGAAAGCUUUAAACCGCUCGCGGCAAACACCGUCGGAAAAAAUACACGCCAAGUCGUAAAUCGUAUGGAUUUUAAUUGUCGGCAUUAUAUAAUAAAAUACUCAAUGAUAACACGCGGUGGACGUUGCAGUUUUUUUUUUUUCGUUUUUACGCGACAUUUUCUAUACCUAUACGUAUUAUAUUAUUAUACGAUCGCUUAUUUUAUCGACGGAAAAACUUUUUCUCCGGUUAAAAUUACAUCGGUAAUAUUAUUACGCGAACUGCCCCAGACGUUUUGCCGUGAAACGUAUACAACACGCACUACAUUUAUGUAUUUUUUGUCGAGUCAUCAAAUUAUUCUGCCUUGUAUUUUUUAAUUUUUUUUUUUUACUAUUUAUUUACUAGGUUAGAAUAAUGGCAACAUAGUAAUAACGCGUACAAUUUAAAAAUUAUAUUUCGCACCGAAAUGAUUUUCUCGGCGUAACUUCCUAGACCGAAUAUUUUACAAGUGUAGUGACGCGUUUCGAAAAAUCCACGAAUACCCGUGCAUUUAAUUACACGUGUUUUUGAAGUUCGUGUACACGUGUGUUAAAAGUUCAUCGACCCGUGUAUUUUAGGUCCAGAAGUUUUUAUAACAUUUUAAUUCGAAAGUCUAUGUGAUGGGAAAAUUUACUUUAGUGAAUGUCGAAACAUAAAUUACAUUAAAUACAAUACAAAUUCUCAUUAUUACUACAUGAUAAAUGUUUUAUAUCAUAUAAUAUAUACGGUGUCCAUAUACUCGUGUUAUACAGAAUAUUUAAGCGGGUACACAAGUACGCGGGCUCUAAACACAGUGUAUGCAAGGGUAUUUUAAUAACACGCAUUUUAAAACCGGUUCCAUAAAAAACACGUACGUUCGUGUUCUUAAAUAUAUCUGAAAUAGAGACCCCUAAUUUCAUCCCUUUUUUUCCGACUGGUGCCCCAGACUGGGGGCAAGGAGGACAUUUUCCGUUCACCCAGUUUGAUUUUCGACAUAUUGAAUUGGAAUCCAUCUCGAGAAUUCCGCAGAGACUCCUUAUUAGUUAUUGUUAUUUUCACCUAUAACAAUGAUACGAGAGCUAUCUCUCGGCAAAUCGAGAAUAUCUCUUGUGGAUUUUUCUGCCGUGGUGUAAAAUCGCGUCGGGCGGGGGGUCGCAGGAAAAGUUAUGCGCCCCAGAGCCGGACUAUCGGAGGACUUUAUCCGUACACUUUUAAUUUCCGAAAAAUUACAAUUUACGUAUUAGACAUUUUCGGAGGCGUCUUUUUUUUUUUUUCUGUAGGGAGCUAUAAACCUAUUAGAGUUGCCCUCCCUUAAAUUUGCUCCGAUCGCGCCGCGGCGUUCCGACCAGAUUUUCUAUAACGCGCGUGCCGAUGUUAGGUUGCGAAAAUCGGAAAAUCCGGCGACGUUUGCGCCGUCCAGAUUUUCACGCCGCCGCCGUUCCACCGUUGUCCGCGCGUGACGUUCGGUCCGGCGGCGUCGCGGGGCCGGUUUUCGCGCGCGCUCGCGUUCCGACCGGAGGACCUUGCAGUCCACGGCGCUCGUUGCGGUCACGCCGUCGCGGCGCGCGCAUGGAAUUGAAAUUGAUCAUCAUUUUACAGCGGCUGCAGCCUUGACCCGGUUGUUAUUGCCGGUGCGCGCGACAAACGAAAAAAAAGCGACAGUGCACACAGCAGCUGCCCGCAAAGCCGACGUCGUGUCCCGCGCGUGUUUUGUACCGUACACCACGCAGCCGGUCCGUUGUGCACACCCGCACGGCCAUUACAGUUAGUAGUCGUCGCGUGCCGACCCCGUGAAAUCUCCGCGCCCGUCGUUUUUACUAUAACACGCCCGUGUUCGGCGCGCGCGCUCUAUACAACCGACCGCCCCCGUCCGCUCCCCGUGCGAUCCGGACGCCGUCCGCUUGGUCGCGAUGAGCACGUCCGUGAUGAACAGGUUGCGGGACCUGGAGCGCGAGCUGGCCCGCCGGACGUCCGAAUCCCGGAAAAAAGACGAGUACAUCGCCCGUCUGGAGUACCGGUUGGACGAGCGCGACGCCAGCGUCCGGCACCUGCGCAACGAGAUCGACAAGUUCCGGCAAGUGGUCCGGCCACUCACCCAGCACAUCAUGUCCAUGCAAAUGUCGUCCGACGAUUUGCUCGCGUGCGGCGGCGGUGGAAAUUGUUGCAACGGCAACGGCGUUCACCGUCAUCAUCUGCAGGCCCCGGUGAAAUUCCGGCCCAACCGACAUGCCAUUUCGGCCGAACCGCUCCGCGACUCCGAUCCGCUACCCAUCGUCAAGGUGCCGAAGUCGACAAAGUGAGUUAUACUCGCGGACAUCGCGCGUGUAUAUUGUGUUAAUGAUAACAUUAUCGUAUAGUAUAGUGACGACGAAGACUUAGUCGUCAUCACGUAAAGGUUUUGCCGUUUUUAUCUCGUUCGACCGCCGAAACUCAUACUCUAAACUCCAUACAGUUAUACUUAAGUAUAUUGCGUUUGUUUUGUGGGCAUAGGAAAAGAAAGAAAAAAAUGUCGGAACGGUCGUCUACAACCGUCCCGUGUUAUAUCCGAGAUCCUUGGAAUCGUUCGACUAUAUACCCCGUGAAACAGAGACGUAGCUAGAAAUACUUUUCUAGGUAGGCCAGAUAAAAUAACAUAAUAAAUGUUUGAACACGAAAGGCUACUGAUACAAAUUUUUGAUUUUAAAAUUGUGAAAAAAGUACCAUGCAAAUAACUUCAAACAAAAUUAUGAUUAAUUAUAAUCAUUACUCGAUUAUUUUAGUUUUAUUAGGAUUUACAAGUGAUGUCUGCCGAACGGCGAUUGGGACAUUACGUCACGGCACGUGUUUAUAUUUAAUUUUAAAAAUUAAUUUGGGACGUUAUGAUAAUACUGAUAAUAGUGAUAAAUCGAUAAAACCGUUGGUGGGUGAACCGCUUAGUGUGGUAGCAUUUAUUGAGAAGUUCAGUCACAACUCGGUUGCUCAACGCAGCUAUUGUGCUUUACACUAUUGAAUGUUGGACUAGUGAUGGACACGACCGAACUCUUCGAUGUCUAGUUUAAAUACUAGUCGAUAAUUUUCCCGAAUAAAAUAAAACUAUUCGGUUAUAGGAAGAAAAUAUUCGAAUGAAAUAUCUGAUAUAGUUCGUCCAAACUAUCGAAAACUAAUUUUACCAACCAGUAGUUUUCCACCUUUUUUGGAUCUACGGCUCUUUUGAUCUUGAUAACCAAAUUAGAUACUCCCUUACGAAUAAUGAUAAUAAUAAAAAUUAAAAUAAAUAAAUUUACUAUAUAGACGCGGCUCCCUUAAUAAUAAACAACGACGCUUCUGGGAGCCGCGACGCACAGAUUGAAAACCACUGGUACAAACCAUUCGGAAGUGUACGGUUUUUUUAAAUUUUAUUAUUAUUAUUAUUUUUCUUUUCUUCUCAUUUCCGGUUUCUUCGCGGUUAUUGUAUGAUAAUAAUUUCCUUGAGAGAUGCUCGCCGUCGACGUAUUUUUUUAGUCAUAUGUCAUAAUGUUAUAAUAAUUUAUUAUACUACUAUUAAAGCGGACUGUAUAUUAUACGUCGAUAUAAAUUCAACUUUAUUUCGAUCAAAUAAAAAUAAAAGAUUUUCUGAUGCAUACAUUAUAUAAUUCACUUAAAAUUAAAAUCCAUUGUUGAUAGUUAUAAGAAACGUCAAAAUAAUAGGUAAAAACGAAAACGACGAACGUGGAGAGUGCACACGGUCAAACGUAGACAGAGGUUUAUCGAGGGACAAAUAUAAUAUGCAGUGAUGAUAAGCAGUUGUCCAAAAAUGAUAAGAACCGUUUUCGGAAACGAGCCCCGGUCGCAUAUUAACAUACUGCACCCGAAAUAAAAUCCUACCCGACAGAGAUAGCGUGAACAUUUAUGCACAACAUAUAUUUUAGACUCUGAGAGAAACGAGAAAUGUGUCUAUUGGGUUUACUAUGAUGCGUGUUUUUUUUAUUUCUAUAAAGUUUCUUAUUAAUACUUGGGACUAACUGGCACAAAAACUUUUAUUUAUUUCUGGCAACAAAGGAUAAACUACGACUAACAAUAUGGUGCUCAGAAUCGUAUUAGUAUCCAAUCGAUUUCAACCAUGACACCUAGGUGUUUUGAAAAUCUCUUCGCCACGCCACUGCUACCCGUCGUGGGUUUUACAUAACAAAUCGAGAUUUAUUUUCUAUUAAAAAUCGAAGGCUCUUACAGACGGAAUAAUGGUAUACAAUUAAUUAAUAUAGUUCGUAGUAUUUAAUAUUCAAAUAUUAUACAAAUUUAAAUAUAUAUGCAUAGGAAUUACGUUUUCGGAUCGUUAUUAUGUUUUAUCCUUAUCACUGUAUUUGUCCUUAUAAUUUUCGAAUAACUGAUCCUACCUAUUUAUUCGUAUGUAUGGAUAAAAAAUAAUUCACGAAAAUUCUAGAACGCUGUAGUAAUUAUGUAAAUAACGAUAAUAAUGAUAGCGAUAAAAAUCUCGCGAUAACAUUAAUACUUAAUCACGAUGUGGUGAACGACACAAUGUGAUUAAUAAAAUAUACCUAAUGUGACGUACGGUAAUCCACGGUCGUGAAAAUUGACAUCGUUCGGUUCGUUUCGCUGCAGUAUAUCUAUGCAUUUUUAGUAGAUAUUAUGCGAUAAAUCCCUAUAUGUAAAGUUAUCGUACGGAUAAAGUAAAAAAUAUAAUAAUAAAAAAACACUACACGAUGCAAUAAAACUGACCUUGAUGAUCGACGGAUUUAUACACCGCGCGCACGUCUAAUUAGUUCGACAUUUCCACGAUGCCUUAUACGCGUUUCAGAACGAAUUCUUCGAUCGGUAUUAUCACCAGUGGCGUAUACACAUAACUUUUGCGUUGAGGGGAUCUGUGGUCAACGAUUUCCUUGUGAGGCAGUUAUUUUUAAAUCUACGCAUAGUAUAUAAAAUUGAAAACGAAGAAGCAAUAGAAGGGGGAAUACGUCCCUGAUAGUAUAAUGAUGAGUAACGGUAUUAUACAUGCAUGUAUUAUUAUGUACUAGCUGAAUUAUCCGGUAUUCACCUGGCUCGUCUUCUGGUUCUCACACUUAUCCCUAUCGCAGUUAAUCUUCGCAGCCAAUUAACCGUCAUUCAUCCGUAUCGCCAAGGUAACCCAGAAAUCCGCUACAAAAUACUUCAAUUUGUUCACAUUAAAAUAUCAAAAAUCAAGUGUGAGCCAGCAGUCUUUGGGAUUAAAUUUCAAGAUAGAAAGUAGACAGGGGCCUUCCACUCGUUUUUGAAUAUCGGGUGUGCAAUUUCCUAUCGAAAUUGGAAUAGAACUGUAGAUUUGUGUGAUGGACAGACAUACGGAUGUACUUUCAGUUAUGUAUUUAUGUACGUCGAACUUUUUUACUUUUAAAACCGAUUUUCAAAACCUCCCCAUACGGCCUGCAGUCCGUAAAACCGCGAGGAUUUAUAAUAUUAAAUAUGAAAUUUUAGUGCGUGUGGUCUUGUAUAAAACCGAUAACCUGUUAUGGUAGUCCAAUAGUUCUGUAGAAAAAAAUAAUCGUACAUUAAGUACCAUUCAAAUCCAUAUACUGUAUGAAUUGAGAAAAUUUGACGAGAGGUGUGAAUUCUUUGGUGCGUGAUUAUUUUAUAAACAUACCUAUUAUGUUCAUAUAUAUAUAUAUAUCGUAAGUGUUAAUUGCUGUGAUUCCUAAAAUGCGUCCUGAUGCGCUACGGUGUCUUUACACAGGGACGUCGCGCAGCCAGGUGGAAUAUUAUCUGAAUUAAAAAUAAAUUUGAAAUCAAAUGACAGCGGUAAUGGUGAUGCCGACUACGCUUGAACGAUUACGAGGGCCAAGGUCUUAUUGAGGUCCUUGAUAAACACAUUUUCAGUUAGUAAAAACGUUCCAAAUUAUUCGCAGUAUUCUCAAUGCCUUUUAAAAGAUGCUGAUUUUUCACCCUGAUGGUACUUAAAUUUAAAAAAAGAAAUACAAUUUCUAGAUUCUUAACAGAUUUUCUUUAAAACGAUAUAAACUGACCACAAUUUUCGCUACCUUGCGGUUUCAUUUAUUGACAGUUUCUAUUGGUUGCCCAUUGAAAAUCAAAACGUGACAAUGAUUUUAGAUUCUGGAAAUAAGCGUGACAACAAAUAAGGAUGAUGUAACACAUCUAAGAAACUUGUUUCUGACAUUUUCCAAACAAAAUUCCGAAAAAAAUUAAUACUAUUCGAGAUAAUAGUCUUAUAUUUCAUCGAUCGACAGAUAGUAUAUUGUGUAUUUUAUACCAAGAAGUAAUAACUUGUAGUCAAAUUUCGUUAUUCGUUUUCAUGAACGAAAAUGAUUUUAUUUUUUCACCAAAGGAAAUCUGUGUGGGAAGGUACCUUAAGGUAAUCAUUUUUCAAUUUUUUCAUUAAAUGUGACAAACCGAAAAAAAAAACGGGAAAAUGUACGAAAUGUACGUAUUAGUUAAACAUGUAUUAUGGCCUUUAAUCGGAUAAAACAUGGGAAAACCGGGAAAAACGCAGGAAAAUUGGGAAAAUCGGUACAACAUUAUAUAAAGCCUAUUUAAUUACUUUACUAUAAAAUUGCAUAUAUAUUGUAGACAAAGCAUCACUAUCCACUGAACGAACUCCACUCAGAAUCGUUUUUUUGUAAGCAAUAGUUUAUCGUUGCGUACAAGUAUACAUUAAAUUAUCUAUAACAGCUGCUCCACCCGUCCCCAUUAUACUAAGACAUCUUUUUUAAAUUUGUGUAUUUCUGGAAAUUUAUUUUAAAUAGAAUCUAAAAUUACAAUUACAAUUACAAUUAUAUAGUUUGUAUAAUAACACAUCUAUAACAGUUAAAUAAAAUACUAAUUGUGUAAGUAUAAAUAUUAUACGAGUAGUAUGUAAAGUCCCCAAAAAUGUGACCUACAAUGUUUUUUAGUUGGAAUAGUUUGUAUACAUAAUAGGGAGUAAAAACGUGUAGACAAAUUUCGUUCAUUGUUUUCGAUUUUUUUCCGUGUAACAAGUUUUUGUAAAACGUUAUCGAAAACGAUGUUUUUGUUCCAUGUUUUAUACGCAUUUUAAUCGCGUUUUUAUCGGACGCGAUUGAACUCGAAUGAUAAUAAUAAUAAUAGGUACAUACUAUGCCCACCGACAACGUUACCAAAUCAAACUUUCACCUGCCGUGUUUACGAUUGUCGUAAAUCUGCCUCGUGUAAACCACGACAACGAUAGCUGCUGAUAACGGCGCGAUUCUCGUCAAUCCUCGUCCGCGGCUCUCCCCCCCCCCCUUUCCUCACUUCUCCUCUCAAUUGGUAAGCAGUGAUUUUUUUUUCGACCCGCGAGGUGGGACCCUGAGCCAAAUAAUAUUAUGUACGCCGCCUAGGUGACCUCUCCACCCCACCCCUCCCGUAAAAAAACGGCACGCUUCUAUAUGCCUAUAGGUAUUAAAAUCCGUUACGUUUUUCGAUUUAUUAUUAUUAUAAAUAGGUAUUAUUAUUGUAUAUAUAUAGUGUGCAACGUGUGUUUAAUUAUAUUAUUGAAGGUCGUUUCGGCAAGUACCGUAUUAUGUUAUUAUUAUAGACAACGGUAUCAUUAUUUUAGAUUCGGAUCGAGCGAGGAAUUACAUUGGUUUUACAAUGGUGUUUUUUUUUUCUUUAAUUUUUUUAAAAAAAUUGUUUAUCUAUGAACAACUUUUCAACCAGAAAUCUUGUCCGAAGUAUAUAGUACUUUUUCCGAAUGGAAACUUUAUCCAGGUGUUAAGAGUUUUUACUUUUAGAAGCGGUUUUCGUAAUAAUUCGGAAAAACAGGAAAAUUUACGUAUGUUUGUUAAAGAAACUUCGCUCCGAAUCGUUUUUCGUCAACUUUGGUUUAUCGUCGCGUAUAUAGCUAGUAAAUAGAAAUUAAAUUCCCCUCUAUAUCCUAUCUCCACAACUUCUCGCCUAUAACGAUGGCCAUCGCGUACAAAAUAUGUCCGUAUUUUUCACUAUAAUAUACGCUCGUCCGCGUAAAUCGUAUUAAUUCUGUGCCGCUCGAUUGUUCGCGUUAUAAGAAUAUUAAGUAGGAAUGGUCCGAUAUCGCUUUUUUAUGUCGCUAUUCGAUAUUCGAAAUCGAAAACCGUGAGUUUGCAUUGAAAACAACUGCGGUGUGUCGGUUAAAAUCCGAUUUUGUUUAACGUUUUUAUCAUCAAAUUCCGCGUGCCAUUAUUGACAUUUUUCACUGAAAAUGUCUAGUCAAAUAUAGGUUUUGACAAAAAAAAAAUAACCAUGUCACCGAACUCGAGUAUUGGUUUAUCGGUCCACGAACGGUGAUAACAGUUUUUCAAUGACAAUCAAAUUAUUUUGAAAUGAAGAUGAUUUUUUAAUCAAUUAUAACGAAUUACAUUUUUCUUUAAUGUAUAUAUAUAAAUUAACCUUCCGUUCCACGGCGUUUCCCGUGCCAAAAAAAAAAAAAAAAUUUACUAUCCAAUGCUGAAUUAAGUAACCAGUUCCUAUGAUGACUACUGUUAGUCGCACAACUAACUGAUCGGAAUUCUGGGGGGGGGUAGAGUAACUUGUAUAGUAUUCCUGAUCUAGAACUACGUCUAUGCAAAGUUUCAGCACAAUCCGUUCAACAUUUCGAUCAUAAUGGGUAACAAACGUACAUCCAAACAAACUUUAGGAUUUUUAAUAUGACGUAUUGAUAGUUGAUAAAAUACAUAUUAUUAUAAAUAUAAAAGAGGAUAAAGCCGAUGACUCCUUGGUUAGAUGGUUAAGAUAAGUGAUGUGGCGUUGUUGAAUGAUGCGAUAGACGGCCUUUUCUCGCCACAUAUCGAGGUGGAAAAAAAUGUUAGGUUAUGUUAGAUUACCCUCAUUCCCUCUCUGUUUAACCGCCUCAGAACUGUCUACCGAAUUUCCGUUCAGAAUUCGUUUGCCGAUCAUGUUCAUUCGUGUUCGGGCCAUUUAUAGUUUAUAUACGCGUCUUUGUACUACUGCGGCGAUCUCGAGGAAGGGAGCGAAAAUGUAAAAACACGAUCACUACUACACAUAAUAUGUAAUUUUCUUAUAUUACUAAUAUACCAUUAUAUACGUGUAAACUUAUACAUGUUUGCGAUUCCGGUGGUUUCAACCGCACCGUGUUUUUUUCUCUUUCCCGUAUCGUGAAAUAUCACGAACGUGCCAUUUGAGUAGUCGUUCUAUGUACUUAUACAUAUUAUAAGACCUCCGGGGCAUUAUUUUACAUUAUUAUUAUUAUUGUCUGUAGCGGGUAUAACGUUUAUAUAUAUAUAUAUUUUAUUUCGUCUCGAAUUUGCGUCACCUUGUAUUUUAUAAAAUGUAUUAAUCCGCAAGCCAAACGCAACAAUUAUUUUGUAGUACGGGCGAAUGACCCGUAGUUAGAUACGAUAUAAUAGGCGAGUACGCUAGAGGUACAUACUGCAUAAACUGCAGCAGUAGUGCAUCAACACACGUGAUUAUAAUGCGUUUUUUUCUUCAUUUACUUAUUAGUUAUAAUAUAUAUUCGGACAAAAUUAUAUACAUAUAUAAAAAAAAAAAAACAUCUACAACAAUUACGUCUCGCAAUACACCAAAUGCCUCCCCUCUCCGUGAAUUCAGAGUCGGUGAUUAAAAUGAUUAAAAUUUCGAGGCAAACGAGCCUAUACAAUAAUAAUAAUUUACAGUCGAAAUCGCGGAUGUCAGAAAGUUUCGUGUGUGUUGCCUUCAAAACGAAACGUGUCGAAAUAUCUUCAACGUGUUUGAAAUUUUAAAUUCGAUUUUUUUUUCCCAUCUAGAUAAUAAUAUUUUUAUUUAGACACCAAAAUAUAUCGUAUGUAAAUCCGUUUUCACUUCGAUUUAUCGGAGUAUUAUUUACAAAAACUCGUAGUUUCGUAUUACAUUUUUUUUUUUUUUUUUUACUUUAUAUUAUAAUAUUUCCAAUUGUAUAAUAUACAGUUUUAACCAUGGAGAUUAAAUCAUUUUAACCUUCUUAAUAUAAUGUAUACAGGUACAACCUUUCUCGGUGUAUAGAUACGUGCGGGUAACGCAAUACGAAACCGACCGAAUUUAUAGUAAUAUUAAUAUGAUUAUAUUUUAAUAAUAUCAUAAACGUUUAUUUACUGAAAAUAAUGUCAACCGCGAUCGGAUCGCUAGCAACAACAUACAUAAAUACGCAUAACGAUAAUAAUUUUAUUAUUAUUCGUAUCAAUCGACGACGAUGUAUAACAUUGGAAAGCGCGAAUGAGCGCUGAAUGCAAAUGCAUGGUAUAUUGUAUGUUCCUAAAUUGGUUACGGGUGGUUACGCAAGGGAAACGGUAUCAGUCAGUGUUUAUGCCUUGUCGGCAUCGUCGUUGGCGACACGUUGCUAUAUAGUCGGGUUAGGAUCGACAUUAUGUCAGCUAACCUAUAGACAAUUUAAUACUGUUUUAUAUAGAAAUAAAAAUUGAUUAAACACGACUGUAAAUUUUUUCGUUUGGCGAUUUUUUUCAAAAAAAAAAAUCUACGUAGGGGACAACGCAAAGUGUUCGCCUGUCUUAGGAACUUUUUCACCUGUUCUUAUUUGAUUUUUAAUCCGUCUACGAGGUCGCCUAUUGAAAACGGUUUCGAAACUAAAUCAUAAAAACAUUACGAGUUUGCUAAUGCGCCGUUUGAAUUACAAAGUCAUUAACAUUAACGUUAUGAAAUACAAAAUUAGUAACAAUAUAUUAAAAUUGCAUUUUCCUAUCAACAUGUUGUAUAAUAAUCGAUAUCGUCCAGUAAACAAAUUAAUGUAGAUGAAUACAACAUCAAACGACUUAUCAAAUUAUAAAAUUACACCAUUUCUGAAUAAAAUCUAGAUAAGUGGACGUAGUUGCAGGGAUAUACGUUUAAGCCGUAAACACCGCCAUACAGCUCUCGAAAAUUGUUUCCUUUUAAAAUUUCAUUAAUUGUGUUUAAACACUAAAUUCGACCUAAACGUCGGGUUUCACGUUCUGAGUUACGCAGAAUUUCGGGCUAUGUCACUUGUACUUAAUUAUAUAUUGAUACGAAGUUGUGUUCUGAAAUCACUUUCGAAAACGGUAUCGUCUUGAAUAUGUAUUAUUCGCGAAUAACGAUCAACCAAAACUAUACCAUAUAAUACCCUAUGUUUAGAAAGCCUAUUAUAACCGUAGAGUGCAGGCCAACUAUAGGGAACUGUUAUUUUUAUAUUCGUUGUUUGUCACGUCGGGUGCCUUCAUUUUGCUAUUUUUCUAAAACCUAACCUAUUACUACCACGUAAAUAUCGGGUGUGCCGCUAGCGCUUUAUGUAUAGACCAUUCAGUUGUCACUCGUAUUUAUCGUAACAAACUAUACGUUUUAAACUUCAUACUUGUUGAAAAUUUACCGAGUAUAAUGUUUUAAACGAUUAUUUCGAAUAAAUUUGUAUGGUUUUGCACUAAACCCCACAGACGCCACCGUGUUGAUUGCAUAUAACGAGUGAAACAAUAGAUAAGUAACGCUUAAUGUUGACCAUCAGUCUCUUAUUUUAGACAGGCGUAAAUAUGGGCCUGGACUAGGUAGACUUAAAAGAUUUAAGUGUGUUUUAGCUCCAAAUCAUGACUGAGUAAUAAGUAUUUUGGCAACCAUUGGGGUGGGAAGAUGAUGGCAAUCCGCCAGUACAGGCUCAAGCUUCAGUUACUUUAAAAACCUUAUUACGUUUAUGUUUAUUUACAUCUAGUCUAUCUAUAUAUAAUUCUGUGGCUUGGUGUAAGGAGGGCCAAUGUUAGGUUUUUGAAAAAAUCAGUUAUAAAUUAAAAAAUAAAAAGUGUACAAUUUUUUAUUUUUUAAAUGAAAAUUGUUAAGGUUUUUUUUUAUAAAAAUUUAAAAUUACACAAAUAUUUACAUUUAAUAAAAUACACAGCGAGCCUAUAGGAAAUUAAAAUUUCAAAGUCCAUUUUUCAACAAUCACAAAAUGUGAUAUUGGCCCUUCUUGCCUCAAACCACAGAAUCAUAUAUAGAUGUAGGGAAAUAUUAAAUUUCGAAAACGUAUAACGAAUAAUUCAAUACCUAUAAAUGAUAUCGGCGCAAAUAAAAUUUAAUUUGUCUAAUCCGAAUAUUUUGUAUGUAUGAAACGCGUGUGAAUUGGUUACAUAAUUUAAAAAUAAGUUCAACAAACCGUUGAAAAACAAUAAUAUACGAAAUCGCAAAUUUGUUUCGUUUUAACGUGACGGUGAAAAUCAUCAAAGUCACACUCUGGUUAUUAAUUAUCAUGCACCGGAGACCUGCAAAAAAAAAAAAAAAAAUGUUAAAUAUGCCAAAUUUAUUUUUGACCAGAGAAAAGUUUUCUUUGUUUUAUAAUAUUAUACAGUUAAUUGUUCGCUAGUUUUCGUCGUUCAGUUAAUUGUCUCCGUUGUUAUUUUACGUUGGUUUUUGAUUUGGUUUUUUUUUUUUUUUUAGUUUUUUAAAAACGUAGUCCGUUAUAAAUUACGCGAUGAAAAUAUUUCGGUAUUAUUCCUAUUUGGCGUCAACUCUUAAACGAACGUUUUGUAAUUGUGUUUGUUAUUAUUUUUUAAUUAACCUAGUUACCGCGAGUGAAUAAAGCUUUAUUGUUUUCGUCUACUAUUUUUAAACUCAUUUUUAGCUUAUACUGCACAUUUAGUACCUGCCAAUAUGGCUAUAUAAUACCGUGAUGAGAAAGAUUACGUGACGUGAACAAAAAAAAUUGUUAAAGGUACAUAUGCAUAUAUAAAUGUACUUAUUCAGAAGCUGACCUUGAACGAUCAAAGUCCGUGUAAAAUCACCGUUCAAUCGACCUUCUUUUUUUUUUUUUUAUGAUUUUCGCCUGUAUUCAUUAUUAUAAUACGAACAAUAUUGUCUAUAAUAUAACGAUUUUUUUUUUAACCGUAUAUAAUGCCGAAAAGUAAAAAAGGGGAAAUGAGGAGGAAAAUAUAUUUUUUUCUAUUUAAAUUUGUACGUAUUUAUUAUUUGUAUUAUUUAAUGUGACAAAAACUUAGGCGGAUAUUGUACACAUAUUAUUAUAACGCAAUCGGAAAUUAAUAAUCUUUUUUUAAAAGGAAAUCAAAAAUAUUGUAAACGAUAUUUUUUUACUCCGACGUGUGUAUACGCUUCCUAGUCGGUCGUCGGUAUAGUGAAAUCGAAAUUUACCGCGAUGGCAUAGAUAAUAAUAAUAAUAAAAAAAAACCGAACUGCAUCAUAAAAUAUUUUGUCUACAUUUAGAAUAUAUAACUUAUACGUCAUCGUAUAGGUUCAAACGACUUUGUAAAAAAAAACAAUAAUUCUGUACGUUUAUGUUGGUCCGUUGCCACGAUUAUAAUAAUUAUAGCGACGGCCACUCGUUAGUGUUAUUAUUUGUAUAAUAAAACGUGAUUAUUUUUCGUUCCAAAUAAAAUAACGCGUGCUCUAAUUGAAAGGAUUUUAUUUUUGAAAUAUUAUUACAUAAAAAAGCACUCGAAUAUACUAGUUUUUUUUUUUUUUGCCAUUCGUUCAACCACGGCGACGAUUAUACAUGGAAUCGUAUACACGACACAUAUUCUAUUAUAAUUGUUUUUUUUUAUUCGUUUUUUAUACGAGGCGUUUUUAAUACCGUGUUUCAUUGCCGAAAAUCUGUAUAGUCGAUUAAAUUUACAAUUUCAUAACGUAAAGUAAAAAUAUUACGUUCGUAAAAAUUAUUUUUAACCGAGUAUAUGGUUUGUUUGUUAGACUAUAUAUGCACACCUAUUAUGCGUAUAAUGCUCGCGUAUGAUUGCUAUUUAGUCAUAAUGAUCGUAAACAAAACAAACAUUAAAACGAUCUUCGGAAUGGUUAUAUUAUAGGUUUCAUGUCGUCAAAAUACCCGUUUAAUAGAACACCGUUGACGAAUAUGACGUUUUGGAUAAAAAAAACCAGAAAAAAACUGUUUCGUUUUUCGGAAUUGCGUGUUUAACGGAUUUUAAUUUUAAAAACGUAUUGUGAAUCUGUAGGUUUUUUACUAAUAAGUAUAGGGUGCGUUUGAAUGUGUGAUUUUUUUUCCCUUGAUGUAAACAACUUUUCUUGCAGAAUUCUUCAAUCCAAUCAUUUUUCCAAUCAUAAAAUAACAAUUAGGCAUUUUUCGUUGCAUUUUGAAUUUAGUUAAUACUUUGCAAAAGCCAUCUUUUCAUUUUCCUUGUAGUUUUUCCAUUAAUGGGGGGCAAAGGAUAGAAAACCGUGAAAAUAGAGCUGGUUUCGAUUUCUAUCAUUAAACAGUUAAAAAUAAUCGUAGAAAUCUGAAAUAUUCACAUCAUUCAGGCGAUUUUUGAGCUACUCAUUGGCAUUUAAAAUCAAAAGUUGAUUCUGCCAUAUGCAAUUUUACUGUGUUGUGUAUUUGUAAGACAGAGAAAAAAAUGCAUGUGAAGUCGCCUUUUAAUGUACAAUAUAUUAUAGUGUUUUAAUUAAAGUAAAAAAAAUUUAAAAAAAUACUCCAUUUUAAUGAUCUUUGAAAAUAAAAAUAUGUAUCUAUUUACUUAUACUUAAAAACCGAUCAAACAAAUGUGUCAUUUUUUGUCGUUUUAUAUAUAUAUAUAUUAUGUAUUUAAAUAAAUUGUCGUACUUUUUUAUAAAUAAUUUUUCAUUAUCCAAUGAACACUAUCGUGACGAAAGCUCAAAAGUAACAUUGGAAUAAUAUAGGUAUUAUUACGUAAAUAAUCUAUAUUGAUGUCACGGACAACAAUUAUUAUAACAUGCACCCAUGAAGAGUAAUGAUCUUUAUCUCAUGAAGAUAUUCUUUACUCUUCAAUUCCCCACGCAGGAACCUUAUAAUUAUACGGAAAUAUAUAAAACAUCUACGUAUUGUACACAAUACAAUAAUAAUUACUAAUUAUACAAUACCGCGAUGUCUGACAAUAACACAAAUUUAUUAAUAAUAUAAACGUCACGUUUCAAAUGAAAAUAGAAAUCUUUAUUCGUUUUGAUAGGUAGCUGAAGUUUAGAAAAAUAAUGCAUUUAUAUAAAUUUUAUUCCGCGAUUCUUAAUGUUCUUAUAGUCCUGUUUUUCUCCUUCGCAUUCAUUCCAACUAUUUGGGUGCGACCACCCUCGUCCUAAACUUCCACUUGACCCGAUUCCAUCACAUCGUCCUCGCAUACACAAGCUGUCCUCAUUGUCUCAAUCUCAUUCAACCACCUCUUUUCUGGUCUUCUCUCCUUCUCUUCACAAUUUUUACUGGUUCUGAUUUUUCUCUCUUCAUAACAUGCCCAAAUCUUCUCAGUUUAUUUUGAAUAAUUUUGUCCACCAUCAAAGCCACGCGGAUAAUAGAGCAAAAAUGUUUCCACGUUAAACAAGCAAAAGAAAAAGUUUUUUAAAUCUGUUUUAUAGAUAAAACUAUAUAAUUGGUAGUAUUAUAUAUUAUAAAACGCGUUGAUGAAAAUAUUUUAAAGUCGAUAUAUCGACUUCAAAAUAUCCAUAUAUCAUCAACCAGAUAUGUCCCGUCUACGGCAGUCUUCUUUUUCUAAUCUCCUUUACUAUAGAUCUGGUCGUUAAAAUAAAUGUUUAACUUCUUCGUUAUGUGGUAAUAUUUUCACUUGGAAUUCCUCAAAACUCAAUUUUAGAAUAUUAUUAUUGGUUAUAAUUCAUAAACAAUACAAUAUUGUUUUAACACCAAUUUUUGUUUUUUAUUAUUAUUUAUUUAAAUCGGUACGUGCCUAUAUUAUGAUCAAUUUAAUUAGACAAUUUUGGCAUUAAACCACAAUUUACAGCUAAUUAAUUCAAAUUUAUUUUCUACAGGUCUAGGGAACUGAUCAAAAGCGCUAUUUUGGACAACGAUUUUAUGAAAAAUUUGGAAUCGACACAGAUUCGAGAGAUUGUGGACUGUAUGUAUCCCGUUGAAUAUGCCGCCGAAAGUGUUAUUAUUAAGGAGGGCGAUGUCGGCAGCAUUGUUUAUGUUAUGGAAGGUAAGUUUAGAAUUUUAAUACGAUUAAUGGAGAAUUAUAAAAAAUAG